GUUAGCACCAGACAUGGGACACACAACACAACGUCCUGUGUGACUUUAUACUCAGUAGAUAGUACUCCACGGUUAUAUUCUUCUUCUGAAGUAAGUGGUCUUUCAUGUUUUUGAGGUGUCCUAUAUAGUUGUGUUACUAGUCUGUUCAUUCAUGUGUAAUAACUAUGUUAGCUAGGACAGUCUGUGUUGUGGUUGUAGGCUACACUGUUGCAUAAUCUGUAUGCUCCUGGAAUUCUUAAAGCAACAAAAUCCUAUUGUCAACAUCUAAACCUUGUUGCUAACAGCAUGCAAACAUGUAACAUUUAACAAACACAUUUGGUAUAUCAAAGUCAGAAGAGGGGAACACAUAUUGAUACAACACCGGUUGAGGAUUUGACAUUGUGCCCAACAUAUUGCAAUGUAACUACUACUGGGCGGCAGGUAGCCUAUCGAUUCAGAGCGUUGGGCCAGUAACCGAAAGAUCGCUGGUUAGAAUCCCCGAGCCAACUAGGUGAAAAAUCUGCAGAUGUGCCCUUGAGUGAGGCACUUAACCCUAAUUGCUCCUGUAAAUCGCUGUGGAUUUUUAGAGCAUCUGCUAAAUGACUAAAAUGUAAAUGUAAAAUGUACUAGUAGUACUACCAAUAAAUGUAACUACUAGUAGUACUACCAAUAAAUGUAACUACUAGUAGUACUACCAGUAAAUGUAACUACAAGUAGUACAUUUUCAUGUAGCCUAACCAGCAGGGUGCUCUGGAUGAUGUUUGACAAAAUGUCAUACAUGUUUAUUAGACCAGACUAUGUACAAUUUAUUUGAGAUAUCUGACAACUAGAGGUAGUACAUAGUCAAGCGUGACAGAACAUCACCAUUCAUUUUAUCAAUCACAUUUUCAAAAGACUGAAUUGUUAUAUUAUUACAGUAAUCCAUUCUGCAAGCAGUCAGUCCACUGGGAGUAGUGACCAUUAUGUGUGCAUUAUUAUGUCAUCACAUCACAUGACAUAAACAGCUCAGCCAAUGAGAGUUGUUCUACCCUCCCUCAUGCUACUAUUGUUAUAUACUGAUUGGCAUGACCUAGAAAGGGGCUUUGCCCUUCCCACCCUUGCUCACCAUGUGAAACACUUGCCUACUUCAAUCAGUAUCAAAACACCCUGGAACCAGGAGCAGCCUAGCAUUCUUCUCAGCGCAUAGAAGGAUUACUUCCUGUUCUGUGGUCCUAGAAUCAAAAGAAACUGGAACCGCUCUAUCUGUAUGGUAUUUAGUGAGAAACAGAUUGUUUAAGGAUUUGGAAAUGUGUUAAUUAUGUCAACAUUGUGAGGUGGUUUGGAGGUGGAUGAGGUAUGGUUGUCAUGGUUGUGAGGUGGUUGUGUGAUGGUUGUUUGGUGGUUGUGGCAUGGUUGUGAGGUGGUUUUAUGAUGGUUGUGUGAUGGUUGUUUCCAGGUCUGUGCCCUGGUGGUGACCCCUACGAGGGGUGAAGAGGAGGAUCAUGGGUACGGGCAGUCAAGUCCGAUUGCUGCUGUGGAAGAACUGGACCCUUCGCAAGAGACAGAAGGUAAAACAAACACACUUCUGAUGAUUGUCUUUCUCAAUCUAACUCAUCUUUAAUUUUGAAGGCAGUUCCAUCACCUUCUGUGAAAUUAUUUGCAAGCACUUGCUUUGUGUGUCACUGAAUUCUAAAAGCUACUUUGCCCCUUAGGGCCACCGUACUAAAACAGAACAGAAAUGUAGGAUUUAAAAUCUACAUAUUGAGUAUGCCAUAUGAUCUAAAUACAAAAUAGAUCCACCCUGUUAUUGACUUGUUCUGGAUAGUGUCUCAGACCUGUCAUCAUGGUAGUAGCCUAAAGGUUGUGAGAGGACAAUCACAUGAGGAUGAUGCCUCUGGCUGCUGGGUGACAGGAAGUUGUUGCACAAGUUUGGAGCCCUGCUUAGCUUAGCAUCCCAGCCUGCCGUGUUUAGAUCGCUGUGUUUGGCUCAGUCACCCAUGGUCACAUCUCACAUCGUGCCAACUGCAUACUGUAAACUAUUGAAGCUUGGCACGAUUUGGACAAACACACACACAAGCCAAACGACGGGAGUCAACUUUUUGUUGUGGACAUUCAGAUCCCUUUAUGCUUCAUUAACAAACUAAAGCCACACUCCUUAAUUUAUGCAUAACCUCAAACUAAUUUACGCAUACAAAUCAACUCUCACCCCACACUCACUUCUGUUACUCUAAUAUUGAUAGAUGUUUUUCAGCUUAAUUCAAAAUGAACACCUGCCUUCCAAUGUGUAGAGUAUAUUGUUUUGUUGUUUUCCUCCCAGAUCCGGUUCUUCAUGGAGAUAAUGUGGCCAGUGGUUCUGUUCAUUGGACUAGUGUGGCUGAGAAGUGCUAACCCUUUAUAUCGCCAACAUGAGUGUAAGAACAUGUUCUUCUGACAAUGUAAACACUGGUGUUACCAACAGUUCAGCAAUAUAUGCACUAACAAUACAACCCUGCAAACCAGCAAAUGGUCAGCUCUGAUGUACAAAAUAUAUUCAGUAUGUUUACAAAUCUUUUCUAGUCAAAAUAAUCAAUUUUGUGACUAGAGUUAUUCCAGUCUAUACAUGAUGAUCAGAGCUCUGUCAACUGUUCCAGUCUUUGCUAUUGACCAGUGCCAUCUGUCCUGUCCUGUCCACUGUUGUAUAGGUCACUUUCCCAACAAGGCCAUGCCCUCGACUGGCAUCCUUCCAUGGAUCCAGGGAAUCUUCUGCAACGCCAACAACCCAUGCUUCCAGUACGCUACCAGGGGAGAGGGACUCGGACUCGUCUCCAACUACAACGAUUCCAUGUGAGCAGAGGAGCAGGGCUGUGAUAGCUGGUCCCAGAUCUGUUGGUGCUGUCAAGCCAACUCCUAUGGUCAUAGUCUAGGGCUGUUUGUGAUGGUGGGCCAGCCAGAUAGAAGAGGGUUGAGCAGCAGUACUACAUGCUGAUGUACCAUUUGAUGGCAGAUGAAAGGAGGGUGUUGUUAUAAUACAGGAUGUUCUCGCUGAAGGCACUUGGCAAGGCUCUGCACUCAUGCCAAUGAGGUUCAGGGUUCUUAUGUCUGUGUGAAUGGGUUGCUUGAAUGAAUGUGUUUACCUAUCUGUGUGUGUAUUUGUAUAUCUGUGUUGGUGUUUAUGUCUGUGUGUGUGUGUUCCAGUCUAUGUGUGUGUGUAACCCAUCCUCUGCUCUGCUCCCCAUGCAGACUGGCUCGGUUCUACUUGGACACCCAGGAGCUUCUGCUGAGUGACCCAGAGUUCCUGCAGCUUGGUCGGCUCUGGAGGGAACUGUUCACCAUGAGCACCUUCAUGGACACCCUGCGGACCAACCCAGAACAGGUCUCAGGUCAGAGGAACAGCCAUCAACUUAAAAGCUAUGGUUCAUAAGUACAUAUCUAGGACAGACCUGGGUUCAAAUACAUGUGUAUUUGAUUAUUUGUUAUUGAAAUACUAGCCAACUAUUUUUCUAAACCUAGACAUUAUAAACCGGAAAUGAAAACACUCACACAGCAGUGUGCAGUCCUCACCAAAUAAUGUGUAUUUUCUUUGUGGUAUGAGAGUGAUUGAUCAUGUUUUAUACAAUCAUCUGGUCCAAAAGCAGUCCGGGGCAAUUGUAUCCCAUCUUCACCAAACAAACAAAUGAACCCAACACAUCCCAUCUCUUCCAUUCCUCUUCUCCAGCUCUGUGUCAUGUGUAGACUGGAGGUGGGCAGGAUUACAUCACUUAGCUUUUAAGAAAGGCACUUCCCCGUAGUGGGAACUAGGAUCCUAAGCAGCAGCACUGUUUAUUUUGUGAGAAAGCAAUUCAUGUGUUUCCCUUCCCAACAGAACACAUAAACAUGGUUAUAUCUGGGAGCCAAUGCUAACAUUCCCAUACUAAUGAUCGCUUCUACAUUCUCAAUCUGAUCUGACAACUACAAAUGCUACUCUGCUGGAAUAAUAGCCCUUUAUGAUGGAUCUACUAGCUACACUCUUAGUAAAGGGUUCUUCGGCUGUCCCCAUAGGAGAACCCUUUGAAGAACCCUUUUUGGUUGCAGGUAGAACCCUUUUGGAUCCCUUUCUACAGAGGGUUCUACAUGGAACCCAAAAGGGUUCUACCUGGAACCAAAAAUGGUUAUCCUAUGGGGAGCCCUUUUGGAACCCUUUUUUCUAAGAGUGUAGAAUGAGACUGCAUACCAGUUAGUGAUAGAUUAUUUUUUAUUUCUUUUUAUUUCACCUUUAUUUAACCAGGUAAGCCAGUUGAGAACAAGUUCUCAUUUACAACUGCGACCUGGCCAAGAUAAAGCAUAGCAGUGCGAUAAAAACAACAACACAGAGUUACAUAUGGGGUAAAAACAAAACAUAAAGUCAAAAAUACAACAGAAAAUAUAUAUACAGUGUGUGCAAAUGUAGCAAGUUAUGGAGGUAAGGCAAUAAAUAGGCUAUAGUGCAAAAUAAUUACAAUUAGUAUUAACACUGGAAUGAUAGAUGUGCAAGAGAUAAUGUGCAAAUAGAGAUACUAGGGUGCAAAUGAGCAAAAUAAAUAACAAUAUGGGGAUGAGGUAGUUGGGUGGGCUAAUUUCAGAUGGGCUGUGUACAGGUGCAGUGAUCGGUAAGGUGCUCUGACAACUGAUGCUUAAAGUUAGUGAGGAAGAUAAAGGUCUCCAGUUUUCAAGAUUUUUGCAAUUUUUUUUAAAAAAGGGGAAAAGGGGGGAAAAGGGGGUUUGGGGUUUUUGAAAAUUUUGGGGGGGGGUUUGGGGGGGGGGGUUUUUUUUACCAAGAAAAAAGGGGGGGAAAAAAUGGGGAAAAGGGGGGGGGGGGGAAAAAAAAAGGAAAAAGGGGAAAAAAACCGGGGGGGGGUUUUGGGGGUUUGGGGGGGGGAAAAAAAAGGGGGGGGAAAAAAAUUUUAAAAAAAGGGGGGGGUUUUUUUUUAAAAAAAAAAGGGGGGGGGGUUUUUUUUUUUUUUUAAGGGGGUUUUUAAAAAAACCCCCGGGAAAAACCCCCGGGCCCCCCCUUUAAAAUUUUAAAAAAAAGGGGGGGGAAAAGGGGGGCCCUUUUUUAAAAAAAAAAACCCCUUUAAAAAUUUUUUUCCUUUUUUCCCCCCCCCCCCCCCCCCAAAAAAAAUUUAAUUUUGGGGGGGGUUCCCCCUUCCCCAAAAUUUUUUUAAAAUGGAAUUAAUUUCCCUUAUUUUUGGCCUUUGGGGUUCCGGGGCCCCCCCAAAAAACCCCCCUUUUAAAAUUUUUUUUUUUUUAAAAAAAAAAGGGGUUUUUCCAAAAAAUUUUUUAAAAAAUUUUUUAAAAGGGAAACCCCGGGCCCCCCCCUUUUUUUUUUGGGGGGAAAAGGGGGGGGGGGGGGGGGGGCCCCCCCCCCCCCCCCCCCCCCCCCCUUUUUUCCCCCUUUUUUUUCCCCUCCAAUUUUCCCUUUUUGUUUUUUUUAUUGGCAUGGGGAAAAAUUUUUUUCAAAGGGAAAAAAAAAAAAAAAAAAGGUUUUUAAAAAAAAAUUAAAAAAAAAAUUUAAAAAAAAAAAAAUUUUUUUUAAAAAAAAAAAAUUUUUUUAAAAAGGGUUUUUUUUAAAAUUUUUUUAAAAAAAUUUUUUGGAAAAACCAAAAAACCCCCAAAAAAAGUUUUGGGGGAAAGGGGGGGAAAAAAAAAAAAAAAUUUUAAAAAAAAAAAAAAAACUUUUUUUCCCCCAAAAAAAAUUUAAAAAAAAAAAAAAAAAACCCCAAAAAAAAAGGGCCCCCCCUUUUUUAAAAAUUUUUUUAAAAUUUUUUGGGAAAAAAAAAAAAUUUUUAAAUUUUCCCCUUUUUUUUUUUAAAAAAAAAAGGUUUUUUUAAAAAAAAAUUUUUUUUUGGGGGGGGUUUUUUCCCCCCUUUUUUUUGGGCCCCCCAAAAUUUUUUUUUUUCCCCCCCCAAAAAAAAAAGGGUAAAAAGGGGGGGGGGAAAAAAAAAAAAAGGGGGGGGGGGGGAAAAAAAAGGGGGGGGAAAAAAAAAAAAAAAAAAGGGGGGGGAAAAAAAAAAAGGGAAAAAAAAGGGGGGGGGGGAAAAAAAGGGGGGGGGGGGGGGGGAAAAGGGGGGGAAAAAAAAAGGGGGGGGAAAAAAAAAAAGGGGGGGGGAGAGAGAGAGGGGAAAAAAAGGGGGAGGGGGAAAAAAAAAGGGAAAAAAAAAGGGGGGGGGAAAAAAAAAAGGGGGGGGGGGGGGGGAGAGGGGGGGCCGGGGGGGGGAGGAGGGGGGGGGGGGGGGGGGGGGAAAAAGAGAGAGAGGGAGAGGGAAAAAGGGGGAAAAAAAGGGGGGGGGGGGGGGGGGGGAAAAGGGGGGGGCGGGGGGGGGAAAAAAAAGGGGGGGGGGGGGGAGCCGGGAAAAAGGGGGGGGGGGAAAAAAGGGGGGGGGGGGGGGGGGGGAGGGGGCGAGGGAGAGAGAGGGGGAGGAAAAAGGGGGGGGGGAGGGAAGGGGAGAGGAGAGGGGAGGGGGGGGGGAAAAAGGGGGGGGGGGGGGGGAAAAAAAAAAAAAAAAAAGGGGGGGGGGGAGAGAAGAGAGGGGGGGGGGGGGGGGGGGGGGGGAAAAGGGGGGGGGGGGGGGGGGGGGGGGGGGGAAAGGGGGGGGAAAAAAAAAGGGGGGGGGGGGGGGGAGAGGGGAGAGAAAGGGGGGAAAGGGGGGGGAAAAGAGAGGGAGGAAAAGAGGGGGGGGGGCCCUUUUUGGGGGGGGGAAAAAAAAGGGGGGGGGGGGGGGGGGGAAAAGGGGGGAGAAAAAAGAGAGAAAGGGGGAGAAAAGGGGGGGAGAGAGGGGAGAGGGGGAAGGAGGGGAGGGGGGGGGGGGAGGGGGGGGGAGGGGGGGGGGGGGGCCCCCCGGGGGGGGGGGGGGCCCCCCCCCGGGGGGGUUUGGGGGGGGGGGAAAAAAAAAAAAAGGGGGGGGGGGGAGGGGGGGGGGGGGGGGGGGAAAAAAAGGGGGGGAAAAGGGGGGGGGGGGAAAAAAAGGGGGGGGGGGGGGGGGGGGAAAAAGGGGGGGGGGCCCCAAAAAAAAAAAAAAAAAGGGGGGGGGGAAAAAAAGGGAAAAAAGGGGGGGGGAAAAGGGGGGAAAGGGAAAAGGGGGAAAAAAAAAAGAAAAAGGGUAAAGGGGGGAAAAGGGGGGGGGGGAAAAAAAGGGGGGGGGAAAGGGGGAAAGGGGAAAGGGGGGAAAAAAGGGGGAAAAGGGGGGGGGGGGGGGAGGGGGGGGGGGCCCCCCCCCCCCCCAAAAGGGGGAAAAAAAAGGGGGGAAAAAAGGGGGGGGGAAAAAAAAAAAGGGGGGGAAAAAAAAGGGGAAAAGGGGGGGAAAAAAAAAAGGGAAAAAGGGGAAAAAGGAAAAAAAAAGGGGGGGGGGGGGAAGGGGGUGGGGGGGGGGGGGGGGGAGGAAAGGGGGGGAAAAAAGGGGGGGGGAGGGGGGAAAAAAGGGGAAAAGGGGGGAAAAAAAAAAAAGGGGGGGGGGGGGGGAAAAAGGAAAAAAAAAGGGGGGGGAAAAAAAAAAAAGGGGGGGGGGGGUUUUUCGGGCCCCCCCCGGGGGAAUUUUGGGGGGGGGGGGGGGGAAAAAAACCCCAACCGGGGGGGAAAAGGGGGGAAAAACCCCCCCAAAAAAAAAAAAAAAAUGGGGAAAAAUUUUUUUUUUUAAUUUUUUAAUUUUUCCCCUUUUUUUUUUUUUUUUUUUUCCCCUUUUUAAAUUUUCCCCCCCUUUUUUUUCCCCCCUUUUUUUUUUUUCCAAAAUUUUUUUUUUUCCCCCCCCCUUUUUUUUUUCCCCCCCCUUUUUUAAAAAAUUUUUUAAAAAAAACCGGUUUUCCAAAAACCCGGGGGGUUCAAGAACCCCAAACCCCGAAAUUUAAAUUUGGUAAAGGGGGGUUUUUUUUUUUCCCCCCCUUAAACUGUAAAAAAACCCUCCCUUUUUGCUUUUUCCCGGGGGGGGGGCAAGGGGGGGGAAGUAAAACCCUUACGUCCUCCCAAGGUGUUCCUCUGUCAGAGGAUGUGGUCAUUGAGCUGGUCAAUGCCAAGAUCAGGCCUGAGCAGGUGAGACUACACCUUAGUGGACCUACUGUGUGUUCUGUCCUGUCCCACUUAGACAGCUGUAACAUACACUCCAUCACCCUGAGUUUCCCAUCUGAUUAUUAGCUAAGGAUUUAUCCAGCCAGCACAUUUUCCUGGGGGCUAGCCGCGCUGGCUGAAUUAGCCAACAGUGCUGGCUGAAUCGCAACCCUGAGAAAGACAGUGUGUUUCAAUGAAAGCUCAGGACAGGAUCUCCAUUUGAAAGCUGUGGUCAAGAGGGCUAUUGGGAUACUGAUGUCAUUACACCGGGUUGUGCUGUGGGCUUUGUCUGGUGGCCAGUGGCUCCUGCAUACCUUCUCUUCCCCCAAAGGGAGCUCUUUCUUCCCCCAGUGAGCGACAACACCAGCCCUGGAUCAAAGGGCUAUGCAGUGGGGGUGAAUCAUCACUAGGUCUUUGUUCACACAGAAAACACAUACACAAAGAAAGGAAUACAGAACCCAAAAUUAAAUGGGACUGGCUAAAGGCUGUGUGGUGUGUGUGUGGUGUGUGUGGUGUGUGUGUGUGGUGUGUGUGUGUGUGUGUGUGUGCGCAUGUGUGUGCGCAUGUGUGUGCGCAUGAGUGCAUGUAUAUUGGCUUACUAUGUCCUGAAAAAGAGGCCUUCUCUCCACCGAGGACUUUUGCUCAAUGUUACAAACACCCUCCCUCUGUGACAUCAUACUCUGACCCUUGACCUCUGCCCUUCAGUUUGUGUUUGGCGUCCCUGACCUCCACCUGAAGGACAUUGCCUGCAGUCAGACCCUGCUGGAGCGCUUCAUCAUCUUCCCCAGCCGCAGGGGGCUGUACAGGGUGCACAGCGCCAUUUGUGUCCUCACACCACAGAGACUACAGACUAUAGAGGACAGGCUCUACGCCAACGUGGACUUCUUUAAACUCUUCCGUCAGGUCUGUCAAUCUCAAUGUAUCCCGUUCUGUCUCUGUCUGAACUGUCUGCUAUGCAUCACAUACUGUAGCCUUGCAAGCCAAGGCCCUGGACUCUAUCCUGAAUUUUGAAUGAACAAUUUCCAUAUUGUCCAAAUAUGAAAAACGCACUACGGCUGCGUUUACACAGGCAGCCCAAUUCUGAUAUUUUCUCCACUAAUUGGUCUUUUGAGAUCAGAAAAGAUCAGAAUUGGGCUGCCUGUUUAAAAGCAGCCUAUGUAUGCCUUCAUCGUAUAUCCACAUGAAGUCCUCAAUCUGCAGUAUUAUAUAGUAGUAUUUGCAUAAAUUACUCUCUUUUCAAAGGACCCUUGUGGUCUGUGGCACUGUAUAUCUGUCACAUUUGGGACGCUGCCAUCUUGUUUAUUUACUUACCAACAAAGAUUGGCCGGCAUGUGUCAUUGGGGACUACUAUUGGCUGUUCCAACUGUCUGCCAACACCCACAGCAUGAGCUGAUCGACAUAAGUUGGGGAGAGUUGGCACCAGUUGGGGUGAGUUGAAGCGAGUUGAGGAAAGUUGGCAUCAGUUGGGGGGAGUUGGCAUGAGUCAUGAUGGAAUUGCAUGGCUUUAAACAAUGUGUAUGUUGUAAGUCAUCAGCACACAUUUCCUUUACUGUUGUACUGCCUAGAUACAGACCAUUGAAUUUCUAAAAGUGACGAAUCACUACUGACAAAAUUAAACAGGAAAACAACAAUCCACUACUGUGUAAUGAAACUGAAGUAAAAUUAGUGGUGGGCUGCAGUAACAUGAAAGUCUCUGUACAUCUAUGGCUACACUAUUUCACCUAAUAUAUACUGUACCUGUCAUCCACUUCCCCUCUGCAUUGGCUACAUGGUUGAGAUAGAUUGAGGCAACAUACAGGGAGUUGAAUGACCACAGACUGCUCAAGUACCAGUUUUAGCAGAGUAUAUCAGGUAUUGGGACUUGGCCUCUUUCAAUAAUGAGAUUAUAGAUGCCAUGCCUCCCUACCAGACUAAACCUAAGGGAGCUUUUCUAUAAUCACCUGUGUUUAUGGUCCCAUGGUCACGUCUACACACACUGUUGGCCCCAAUUAGGGCUGUGUGUGUGUGUGUGUAUAUGUGUCUCUUCUUUGAAACAAGCCCAUUAGAUCUCAGGAGAUAGUGAGGAAUGUCAGAGAGGAAGGAUGUCUUAUUUUGGAGUUGUGCGUCGCUGCCGUGCACCAUUUCCUGACUUCUAGCCCAUUGUGUUGUGAGGUAGUUAGAAGUUUCCCCAGCUGAAAUAUUCCCUGGAAGAAACAGUUACUGGAGAUACUGUAGUUCAGGAUACAGAAGAUGAUGACAAUGCACUUGUCAGCAGAUUCAGUGCUUUCUGUGUUCCUAUGUGGGAAAGUGAAUUAGUUGUUAUACUUUUUUGUUGUUGUUGAGUUUUUCAGAUGACAGAACAAGCACAUGAAUGACAUGACAUUACUUACCAUAUAAAUGAUGAGGUUGUCAGCGUCUGGGUGAAGUGGUGAAACGGAAUCAGGCGCAGGACACAGAACUGAGAAAAGUAUGGCUUUACUAAACACAAAGUAAACCAUAUCAAACCCUCCACGCAGGGAAGAGCAAAACAACAGCUCAACAGACGACAUAACAAUGAACAAUCACGUACAAACCCAGGAGGGAAAACAGAGGUAAUAUAGGGAAACCAAUAAGCCUAAUGAGUAACAGGUGUGAAUAAUAAAGACAGGACUAGUGUGACACAGAAACAUAGAUCGGUGGCAGCUAGUACUCCGGUGACGACGAACGCCGAAGCCUGCCCGAGCAAGGAGGAGGGGCAGCCUCGGCUGUAUCCGUGACAGAGGUAGCUUACACCCACUUCAGGCAAAAUUAAGACUGUGAAAUGUUAGUGUAUGGCAGUUUAUCUAUUCAUUUUUUAAUUUAUGGGCGGCAGGUAGCUUAGUGGGUAAGAGCGUUGUGCCAGUAACCGAAAGGUCGCUGGUUCUAAUCCCAGAGCCGACUAGGUGAAAAAUCUGUCGAUGUACCCUUAAGCAAGGCACUUCACCCUAAUUGCUCUGGAUAAGAGCGUCUGCUAAAUGACUACAAUGUAAAUGUAUCACAUUCAUGACAAUGAAUCACUUGUGUUUUCUAUGUUAACUUUACUCUGAUGACUAUGAUACGGCUAUCAUCCCAGCAUUCAUUGUUGAAUUUGCGAUUUCCAACUUGUUGUGUAAUGUUUAUGUCCAAUGGCCGAUGAGCGCCGAUAUGUUUUAUCUAUAAUUUCUCUUCAAAGGACAAGGAUUGAAAAGGAUUUGCCAGUAGAUUGCCGACUUCAUGCAUGAUGAUGACUGCUUGUCUAGCUUGCUAGCUAAAAUUUUGAAAGUAUGAUGUUGACAUGAUCAGUCCAAUCAAAGCUACGGUAGAUAUAACGCGAUUUGACAUCAUUUUAUCUGUGGCCAAUGACCUUGAGCCUUCUUGGAUGGGCACUUCUAAUGUAGGUCUAUGGCAGCACCCAAGGGGCUUGAAUUUUCUAGCACUAUCCGUACAUUUUGCGGUGACAUAGUGUCCCCAUGAGUGACAGAACACUGAGCCAAUCACGGCGCAACUAGAGAACAUUACCAACCCCUACGCUCCGUAUUUUCCGCUGGCUGCCCCACCACCACAGAAAGCACUGAGCUAGGCUGAAACACCUGCAUUUUGGAGCUGCCUUACUCAAGAAAGCAAAAAAGAGACUAUGUUUGUAUGCGGCUUUAUUAACUCAAUGAUUUAUUUUACAUUGUUUGCAAACUGAUAUGUGACACGUAUUAAUGCCAAAAUAACAUGCUGAACAGGCUCUGCCCCACCUGCCCUGAAUGACGCGUCGCCACUGUUGGUAAGGAUGUGACAGUCAUUUUGACAGCUCUGUUCCUCCUUCCAGCUUCCCCGGGUGUUGGAUAACCACUCCGACGGCGUCGACCUAAACUUCUGGGCCAGAGUACUCUCCGCCGCCUCCGAAAAGCUGCGAGAGGUAAGCACACACACACGCACACACACACACACACACACACACACACACACACACACACACACACACACGCACACGAUUCUCUCCGCCGCCUAUAAAACUGCCAGAGGUCAACCCUACUACCGUUAGAACCAUCAUCCAUCCCAAAGUUCAUCCGCCACCCUAUUUCUAUCCCUCAGGAAGUCACUGCUUCCUCCCUGCUCGGGUCUUUACGCAAACACAGACAGCAGGGAUAUCAUGAGUGCGUAUGAGGAAGGCUAAAUCCAGCCCCAAUAACCCUUUAGUCUCGACAUGGAGCCGCAUUCACAGGCUGUGUCCGAAGUAACACCCUAACCCCUAUAUAGUGCACUACUUUUGACCAGAGCCCAAUGGGCAAUAGUCAAAAGCAAUAAUAAUACUAAAUUACAUUUGUAGAGCGCUUUUCAUUUACAGAGGUAAAUCACACAGCUCUUUACGGAUUAGGGUGCCGUUUGGGAUGCAGACACAGAAAGAUCAACAGGCAAUCAGUCUGGACAGCUGUAAGUGAGGGUUAUAGCACAGGUGAGGCCCUCAGACAAAUGUCAAAGGUUGACGGGUCAGGUGGAUGACCCCAGGGGAAGUGGUGAUUGCAGGGAGAGGGAGGCGGGGGGAGGGCACAAGAGGGACUUUCUGCAGAGGGGACAUCCUGUUGGUGGGGCCGUCUGGAUUCUUGUCUGCCGCCCCGUGACAGAAGACGUGACGCCAGUCGGUCAUUUUCCAAAUUCCAUUUUUGUCUGGUUCCAUAAACCGAACACUGUAGCUGUACAGUAGAUACGCCAGCUGAGUGGAAAUUCUGCCUCAGAAAUCACACUGCUCUGUUGGCUAGAACAGAAAUACUCAUUUUCUCUAUGUCUGUUAAGUCUAGCAGUGGUGUUAGUUACGGUAUGUGUCUUCCAAUGUAGAAGAAACCACAAAAAAUCUAUUUUCUCUGUGGUUUCUAUGUAAACACUGUGGUGCUGUCCAAUUACUGUGGUUUCUAUGUAAACACUGUGGUGCUGUCCCAUUACUGUGGUUUCUAUGUAAACACUGUGGUGCUGUCCCAUUACUGUGGUUUCUAUGUAAACACUGUGGUGCUGUCCAAUUACUGUGGUUUCUAUGUAAACACUGUGGUGCUGUCCCAUUACUGUGGUUUCUAUGUAAACACUGUGGUGCUGUCCCAUUACUGUGGUUUCUAUGUAAACACUGUGGUGCUGUCCCAUUACUGUGGUUUCUAUGUAAACACUGUGGUGCUGUCCCAUUGCUGGGGCUGUUUGUUAAGAGUGGUUGUCAGAAGCACUGCACUACACACUCUCAACACCUCCCCUGGUUCUAAUGGGCCCUCAGGGACAUACACUGGACAAUCCCUUCUCCCCCCUACAACCCACCCCUCCUCCCUUUGGAAUCUCUUUAGUUUGUUUUUAUUUUGUUAGAGGGAAAUGUGCCUCACCCAUACACCGCCCGAACCUGUGAGACUAAUAAGCUUAGACAUUUAGGUUUCUCUUAAAUUAAUAUGGAAUCAGAGACUUUGUUGACACAUAACCUAAUCAACCUAAUAUGGCUGUACACAUCCUCCUAUUUGGUCACAUUAUAUAUAAAAUAAAAUGUUAUUGGUCACAUACACAUAUUUAGCAGAUGUUAUUGCGGGUGUAGCGAAAUGCUUGUAAAUAUAGCCCUGUCAUACAUGAUUCAGAGUCAUCACUUUCAUACAGUUUCUAAAUAACAACUUUCUUCCCUAACUCGCCCCCCAGUUGUUAGAGAGGAACAGCUCCAGAGCGCUGGUGGAGGUGAUGUCCCCCCUGCUCCAGACCCAGGGGCCCCAGGGGGGCUCUCCCCCGUCUUUCAGCCAGCUGAUGGGGGCUGUGUCCAGCCUGGUGUGUGGCUACAUGGAGGGGGCCUUCUCUCGGGUGGCCUCCUUCAACUGGUAUGAGGACAACAACUACAAGGCCUUCAUGGGGAUCAACGAUAGCACCCGGGGAGGACAGGGACAGUACACCUACGACCACACCGCCAGUGAGUACUAAUACAGUAAUAAGUCACUAAUAUAGUAGCCAGAUUCAGUUUAGCGAAGAGACAGAUAGAGGCAGGGACAGUACACCUACAGUCACACCGCCAGUGGGUCAGCAUUCAGUCACUAAUACAGUAACUAUUUUCAGUAUGUGGCUGGUUGGGAACUAACAACCCCUCUCCUCUGCCAACUACGUCAAAUGUAGCAGGUGAUUGGGAGCAGGAAAGGUGUUGUGGGACAGAGCGUUUUAUUUUGUCAGCUUUACUUUCUUGAGAUCAAAAAAAGAUAAUUGCUUGACCUGAGAGUCUCCUGUCUUAUCCCAAAAUCUGUUCUGAUCUGAUGCAGGAGUUAGGGUUCAACCCGAUCACAGUGUGUUACAGGUUCUCUCAAUCAUCUCUAAGGUUCUAUAAAUGUUCUAUACUGUCUUAUCCCCCAGCUCCGUUCUGUAAUGAUCUGAUGAAGGAGCUAGAGUCCAAUCCCAUCACCAGGAUCAUGUGGAGCUCUGUCAAGCCCAUGCUGAUGGGGAAGAUCCUCUACGCACCCGACUCCCCAGCCGUCAGAAAGAUAAUCAGAAAUGUAAGGGAGCUACAUACAGCAAAUGUAUGUGGUAGACUAGGGAUGAAUCACACCAGGUUAUAGCAGAGUCUGCUGGAUUUAGUCCAUUAAUCAUUUUAGACUUGGGAAACCAGGUGAGUUGACUAUUGCUAAUAAUAAAAAGUGGAGUACUGACAAUCAGCAGACAGAAGUGUUAGAAACAUGAACAUCCAUUGCAGAUUGUUCAAUAGAUGGUGACAUACUUGUUAAACAGUGGUCUUCGUUCUGAACACAGGCAGUAUUUAGGAAUUUGUGAAUCAGUGCUUGGCGCUCUGUAGAGCGUAGAUGUACAGACAUGUCUGUAAGAAUCCUGAAGAACCUAACAGUCACGGCUGGGUGUGUCACAAUAGGAACACACAUCUGUAUCGUCUACUACACAUAGUAACUGGGACACACUCUGUUGCAUUGUAUUCUCCUCCUCUUGUUAUGGAAGCAGAGCCUGACACUGUGAGGGUCACACACAUGCAUGCACGCACACACUCACACGCUUGCACUCACAAAGACACACACACACCAGCUUCAACUCCCCCGACCUUUAGUGCCCUCUUUUUCUUCCAUUUCCCUCAGAUCUGGAUGUUAAUUGCAUGGAAGGGAAGGGAACUAGGGGUUAAGCCAUCACUCUGCUGCACAUACCAAAACAUGGCCUACACUCUCCCUCUUUUCUCCAUCCCUCCCUCUUCCAGACCUGAUGACCCCCUCCUUGAACUGACCCCUUUUGAGUGCCUUUUGAGGAGUGUAGCUUGGUGGGGGGGGGAAUAAAACGUUUUAUUUCACCUCAUUUGAACAUUCUGUCAUAAAGAGCACAUGCUAAACUUAAUAAAAAAAAUGUUUUCGAAAAGUGCCAAAAAAAGUACAGGGUUGACCGUAACAGGUUUGACGACUUCAUCUUAAACCAGCCAUAAAGCCACUUGUGACAGGGGGAAUGGAAGUUUGUUGUGUGUAAUAGGGAGGGGCAAUUGAAUGCAAGCUUCACCCAAAAAAAAAAAUUGUUAAAACAUUUCUAACCUGACUUUCUAUGGGUAACAUGAUUUAUGUGUUUUGCUCGACCUGCUCAGUUUUCCAACACUUCCAACAGAAAAUGGCCAAAAAGAGUAGAACCAGCUCACCUGCUUUUACACUGUGAUUUUUCUAUCAGAUGUUCAAUGUCUCUUUUGAAAAAAUAUUUUAAAAGGAAUAGGUUGACCUUAAAAUGAGGGACAGGAUUUUUUUUACCUUAAAAUGAAUCACUAGUAAUAUGAAAUAAAUAAUAAUCUUUGGAAAUUACUUUGUCAAAGCAACAUAAUAGCAAGGGCUUUACAGUGAUGGUGAAAACUCACAUGGUCGGUCGCGCGUCACUUCUUUUGUAAACAUAGUGAAGCUAUGAGCUAGCAUAACAGCAUACAGUGCAUUCGGAAAGUAUUCAGACCCCUUGACUUUUUCCACAUUUUGUUACGUUACAGCCUUAUUCUAAAAUUGAUUAAAUAUAUUUUUUCCUCAUCAAUCUACACACAAUACCCCAUAAUGACAAAGCGAAAACACGUUUUAAUUUUUUUUUGCAAAUGUAUUACAAAUAACAAUCUGGAAUACCGUAUUUACAUAAGUAAAUAUGCUAUGAGGCUCGAAAUUGAGCUCAGGUGCAUCCUUUUUCUAUUGAUCACCCUUGAGAUGUUUCUACAACUUGAUUGGAGUCCACCUGUGGUAAAUUCAAUUAAUUGGACAUGAUUUGGAAAGGCACACACCUGUCUAUACAGUGGGGAAAAAAAGUAUUUAGUCAGCCACCAAUUGUGCAAGUUUUCCCACUUAAAAAGAUGAGAGAGGCCUGUAAUUUUCAUCAUAGGUACACGUCAACUAUGACAGACAAAUUGAGAAAAAAAAAUCCAGAAAAUCACAUUGUAGGAUUUUUAAUGAAUUUAUUUGCAAAUUAUGGUGGAAAAUAAGUAUUUGGUCACCUACAAACAAGCAAGAUUUCUGGCUCUCACAGACCUGUAACUUCUUCUUUAAGAGGCUCCUCUGUCCUCCACUCGUUACCGGUAUUAAUGGCACCUGUUUGAGCUUGUUAUCAGUAUAAAAGACACCUGUCCACAACCUCAAACAGUCACACUCCAAACUCCACUAUGGCCAAGACCAAAGAGCUGUCAAAGGGCACCAGAAACAAAAUUGUAGACCUGCACCAGGCUGGGAAGACUGAAUCUGCAAUAGGUAAGCAGCUUGGUUUGAAGAAAUCAACUGUGGGAGCAAUUAUUAGGAAAUGGAAGACAUACAAGACCACUGAUAAUCUCCCUCGAUCUGGGGCUCCACGCAAGAUCUCACCCCGUGGGGUCAAAAUGAUCACAAGAACGGUGAGAAAAUAUCCCAGAACCACACGGGGGGACGUAGUGAAUGACCUGCAGAGAGCUGGGACCAAAGUAACAAAGCCUACAAUCAGUAACACACUACGCCGCUAGGGACUCAAAUCCUGCAGUGCAAGACAUUUCCCCCUGCUUAAGCCAGUACAUGUCCAGGCCCGUCUGAAGUUUGCUAGAGUGCAUUUGGAUGAUCCAGAAGAUCAUUGGGAGAAUGUCAUAUGGUCAGAUGAAACCAAAAUAUAACUUUUUGGUAAAAACUCAACUCAUCGUGUUUGGAGGACAAAGAAUGCUGAGUUGCAUCCAAAGAACACCAUACCUACUGUGAAGCAUGGGGGUGGAAACAUCAUGCUUUGGGGCUGUUUUUCUGCAAAGGGACCAGGACGACUGAUCCGUGUAAAGGAAAGAAUGAAUGGGGCCAUGUAUCGUGAGAUUUUGAGUGAAAAUCUCCUUCCAUCAGCAAGGGCAUUGAAGAUGAAACGUGGCUGGGUCUUUCAGCAUGACAAUGAUCCCAAACACACCGCCCGGGCAACGAAGGAGUGGCUUCGUAAGAAGCAUUUCAAGGUCCUGGAGUGGCCUAGCUAGUCUCCAGAUCUCAACCCCAUAGAAAAUCUUUGGAGGGAGUUGAAAGUCCGUGUUGCCCAGCGACAGCCCCAAAACAUCACUACUCUAGAGGAGAUCUGCAUGGAGGAAUGGGCCAAAAUACCAGCAACAGUGUGUGAAAACCUUGUGAAGACUUACAGAAAACGUUUGACCUGUGUCAUUGCCAACAAAGGGUAUGUAACAAAGUAUUGAGAAACUUUUGUUAUUGACCAAAUACUUAUUUUCCACCAUAAUUUGCAAAUAAAUUCAUAAAAAAUCCUACAAUGUGAUUUUCUGGAUUUUUUUUCCUCAUUUUGUCUGUCAUAGUUGAUGUGUAUCUAUGAUGAAAAUUACAGGCCUCUCUCAUCUUUUUAAGUGGGAGAACAUGCACAAUUGGUGGCUGACUAAAUACUUUUUUUCCCCACUGUAUAAGGUCCCACAGUUGACAGUGCAUGUCACAGAAAAAACCAAGCCAUGAGGUCGAAGGAAUUGUCCAUAGAGCUCUGAGACAGGAUUGUGUCGAGGCACAGAUCUGGGGAAGGGUACCAAAAUAUAUCUGCAGCAUUGAAGGUCCCCAAGAACACAGUGGCCUCCAUCAUUCUUAAAUGGAAGAAGUUUGGAACCACCAAGAAUCUUCCUAGAGCUGGCCGCCCAGCCAAACUGAGCAAUCGGGGGAGAAGGGCCUUGGUCAGGGAGGUGACCAAGAACCUGAUGGUCACUCUGACAGAGCUCCAGAGUUCCUCUGUGGAGAUGGGAGAACCUUCCAGAAGCACAACCAUCUUUACAGCACUCCACCAGUCAGGCCUUUAUGGUAGUGUGGCCAGACGGAAGCCACUCAUCAGUAAAAGGCACAUGACAGCAAGCUUGGAGUUUGCCAAAAGGCACCUAAAGACUCUCAGACCAUGAGAAACAAGAUUCUCUGGUCUGAUGAAACCAAGAUUGAACUUGUUGGCCUGAAUGCCAAGCGUGACGUCUGGAGGAAACCUGGCACCAUCCCUACGGUGAAGCAUGGUGGUGGCAGCAUCAUGCUGUGGAGAUGUUUUUCAGCGGCAGGGACUGGUAGACUAGUCAGGAUCGAGGGAAAGAUGAACGGAGCAAAGACAGAUAGAUCCUUGAUGAAAACCUGCUCAGGACCUCAGACUGGGGCAAAGGUUCACCUUCCAACAGGACAAUGACCCUAAGCACACAGCCAAGACAACUCAGGAGUGGCUUCGGGACAAGUCUCUGAAUGUCCUUGAGUGGCCCAGCCAGAGCCCGGACAUGAACCCGAUCGAACAUCUCUGGAGAGACCUGAAAAUAGUUGUGCAGCGACGCUCCCCAUCCAACCUGACAGAGCUUGAGAAGAUCUGCAGAGAAGAAUGGGAGAAACUCCCCAAAUAAAGGUGUGCCAAGGUUGUAGCGUCUCGAGGCUGUAAUUGCUGCCAAAGGUGCUUCAACAAAGUACUGAGGAAAGGGUCUGAAUACUUUAUUUUUAAUACAUUUGCCAAAAAAACAAAAAAAUAACUGUUUUUGCUUUGUCAUUUUGGGGUAUCAUGUAUAGAUUGAUGAGAGAAAAAAACAAUGUAAUCAAUUUUAGAAUAAGGCUGUAAUGUAACAAAAUGUGGAAUAAGUCAAGGGGUCUGAAUACUUUCCAAAUGCACUGUACCUCUGUCUUAGACUGUGUCUUAUCUUAGCCCUGUGAUUAGUGAUCACAUCCCUCUCUCUCUCUCUUUCUCUCGCUCUCUGCUCUUUCUCUCUCUUUCUGUCUCUCUCUCUCACACGCGCUCUCUCACACUCACACUCUCUCUUUCUCUCUCUCAUGCUCUCUCUCUUUCUCUUUCUCUCUUCGUGUCACUCUGAACUCUGAAACACCCUGGAGGGGCUGAGAAGUCACCCAGAGGUGAGAGGAGAGGAGGGGAGACAGACAAACAGAUUUGCUUUGCUCCAAGGUAAAGCGCCUAUGGUCUUGGUAAUGAGUGCAAGACAUCCCACUCCUCCCCAGGUCCCCAGGCAUUGAGCCACAUCCCCUCAGUUGUCCUCCCAGCCUGGGGCAGGAGCCACCCUGUCUUUGUCCCAAACGGCACCCUAACCCUACCAAGUGCACUACUAGUAGGGCACUAGGGAAUAGGGUGCCAUUUGGGUUGCAUUGUCUGUUUAUCUUUGUUUGCUUUGUGACUGUAGAGCAGUCUUCUGCCUGUGGGAUCCUGUGGGAAAAGGGUGAAUCGGUAGGCAAGCUGAAUGCGUUCGGCCAAUUGUCACCAACAACAUUGUCUCCUUAGCGUCAUUGUCCCUUUGUCACCAGAGAUCUGAGACACAAGAGGAAGGUGUUUAAUUGGGUGUUGCUUUUCCACGCUUUUAUCACACGUAUUAAUGUAAAUGCUACAGUCAGCCUCACUUGGUAUGUGUAUACCACAGAACACUGUAGGACAGGCUACACACACUGUAUGCUAAAUGAUAAGCUAUAUCUUUGAUUAUUUUCACAGGCACUGUAAUGUGUGAAUGGUAUGCAACUAGAAAUUAGAAACGGUGUGUGUGAAUUAUUGUGCAUGUGUAGUGUGUGUGAGUGUGUCUAUGAGUGUUUGUGUGGGUGUUCAUACGUGCAUAUGUGCAUACUGUCUGAGCGUACGUGAGUAUGUGUGUGUGCUGAUAUGUGUGUGUGUGUGUGUGUGUGUGUCCUCUAGGCCAACACCACAUUUGAGGAGCUGGAGAGGCUGAGGACCAUGGGUCGGGCCUGGGAGGAGGUGGGUCCUCAGGUUUGGGCCUUCUUCCAGGACAGCAUUCAGAUGAACAUGAUCAGGGUAAGGAAGGCUACAGUCCCAUACACUCUACAAACACCAACAUGGUCAAUUCAAACUAACUGAGGCUUAUCAUUGUUAUCUCAAAAUAAUGCAUUGAACGAUUGACCCAGUUCUGGUGUGAAAUGACAUAACAUUAACAUCCCUCUACUACUACUGUGGUUUUGUCAUAGUUCGACCUCUAUAAGAUGUUAAAAUGAUGUCAGCUGUGACGAAUUUCUCGCAUGGAAUAGCCUUAAUUUCUCAGAACAAGAAUAGACUGACGAGUUUCAGAAGAAAGUUAUUUGUUUCUGGCCAUUUUGAGCCUGUAAUCGAACCCACAAUUGCUGAUGCUCCAGAUACUCAACUAGUCUCAAGAAGGACAGUUUUAUUGCUUAUUUAAUCAGCACAACAGUUUUCAGCUGUGCUAACAUAAUUGCAAAAGGGUUUUCUAAUGAUCAAUUAGCCUUUUAAAAUGCCAAACUUGGAUUAGCAAACACAACAUGCCAUUGGAACACAGGACUGAAAAAGUAUGAAAAAUGUAUGCACUCACUAACUGUAAGUCGCUCUGGAUAAGAGCGUCUACUAAAUGACUAAAAUGUAAAUGUAAAUGACUGAUGGUUGCUGAUAAUGGGCCUCUGUACGACUAUGUAGGAAUUCCAUAAAAAAUCUGCCGUUUCCAGCUACAAUAGCCAUUUACAACAUGAACAAUGUCUACACUGUAUUUCUGAUCAAAUUGAUUUUGUAUUUCUGAUCAAAUUUAAUUUUCUUUCAAAAACAAGGACAUUUCUAGGUGACCCCAAACUUUUGAACGGUGGUUUAUAUAUAUAUAUAUAUAUAUAUAUAUAUAUAUAUAUAUAUAUAUACACUACCGGUCAAAAGUUUGGACACACCUACUCAUUCAAGGGUUUGUCUUUAUUUUUACUAUUUUCUACAUUGUAGAAUAAUAGUGAAGACAUCAAAACUAUGAAAUAGCACAUAUGGAAUCAUGUAGUAACCAAAGAAGUGUUAAACAAAUGAAAAAAUAUAUUUGGACUCAUCAGACCAAAGGACAGAUUUCCACCGGUCUAAUGUCCAUUGCUCGUGUUUCUUGGCCCAAGCAAGUCUCUUCUUGGUGACCUCUAGUAGUGGUUUCUUUGCAGCAAUUCGACCAUGAAGGUCUGAUUCACGCAGUCUCCUCUGAACAGCUGAUUGUCUCAAACGCAUUAAGAAGGAAAGAAAUUCCACACAUUAACUUUUAACAAGGCACACCUGUUAAUUUAAAUGCAUUCCAGGUGACUACCUCAUGAAGUUGGUUGAGAGAAUGCCAAGAGUGUGCAAAGCUGUCAUCAAGGCAAAGGGUGGCUACUUUGAAGAAUCUCAAAUAUAAAAUAUAUUUUGAUUUGUAUAACACUUUUUUGAUUACUACAUGAUUCCAUAUGUGUUAUUUCAUAGUUUUGAUGUCUUCACUAUUCUACAAUGUCGUCUCUCUCUCUCUCUCUCUCUCUCUCUCUCUCUCUCUCUCAAUUCAAUUUAAGGGCUUUAUUGGCAUGGGAAACAUGUUUACAUUGCUAAAGCAAUUGAAAUAGAUAAUAAACAAAAGUGAAAUAAACAAUAAAAAAUGAACAGUAGACAUUACACUCACAAAAGUUCCAAAAGAAUAAAGACAUUUCAAGUGUUGUCAUGUUGUGCAAAUAGUUAAAGUACAAAAGGGAAAAAAAUAAACAUACAUAUGGGUUAUAUUUACAAUGGUGUUUGUUCUUCACUGGUUGCCCUUUUCAUGUGGCAACAGGUCACAUAUAUUGCUGCUGUGAUUGCACACAUUGGUAUUUCACCUAAUAGAUAUGGGAGUUUAUCAAAAUUGGAUUUGUUUUGGAAUUCUUUGUGGGUGUGUGUAAUCUGAGGGAAAUAUGUGUCUCUAAUACGGUCAUACAUUUGGCAGGAAGUUAGGAAGUGCAGCUCAGUUUCCACCUCAUUUUGUGGGCAGUGUGCUGCCUAUACGGCCUCUCUCAGUAGCAAUUUUGGGUCUGUCACAGUGGUCAGGUAGUCUGUUACGGUGUAUUCUCUGUUUAGGGCCAGAUAGCAUUCCAGUUUGCUCAGUUUUCUUUCUGGUUGUAGAAUUGAACAGCUCUUUUCUGGAUUUUUAUGUGAUAUUUCCGUUUUGUUGAUAAAUUAGCAAAAAUGUUUAAAAACCUGUUUUUGCUUUGUCAUCAUGGGGUAUUGUGUGCAGAUUGAUGAGAAAAAACAAACAAUUUAAUCAAUUUUAGAAUAAGGCUGUAUCCUAACAAAAUGUGGAAAAGUCAAGGGGUCUGAAUACCUUCCAAAGAGGGUGGGGCUUCCUGUCUCACCCCACGGCUCUGAGGAAAGAAAUCUGUUUAUUGCCAAUUUUAACUACAGACCUUUUUGUGUACAUUGAUUUUAUAUUAUUGUAUGUUUCCCCACUCCAACACUGCUUUACAGUGGGGAAAAAAAGUAUUUAGUCAACCACCAAUUGUGCAAGUUCUCCCACUUAAAAAGAUGAGAGAGGCCUGUAAUUUUCAUCAUAGGUACACGUCAACUAUGACAGACAAAUUGAGAAUUUUUUUCUCCAGAAAAUCACAUUGUAGGAUUUUUAAUGAAUUUAUUUGCAAAUUAUGGUGGAAAAUAAGUAUUUUGUCACCUACAAACAAGCAAUAUUUCUGGCUCUCACAGACCUGUAACUUCUUCUUUAAGAGGCUCCUCUGUCCUCCACUCGUUACCUGUAUUAAUGGCACCUGUUUGAACUUGUUAUCAGUAUAAAAGACACCUGUCCACAACCUCAAACAGUCACACUCCAAACUCCACUAUGGCCAAGACCAAAGAGCUGUCAAAGGACACCAGAAACAAAAUUGUAGACCUGCACCAGGCUGGGAAGACUGAAUCUGCAAUAGGUAAGCAGCUUGGUUUGAAGAAAUCAACUGUGGGAGCAAUUAUUAGGAAAUGGAAGACAUACAAGACCACUGAUAAUCUCCCUCGAUCUGGGGCUCCACACAAGAUCUCACCCUGUGGGGUCAAAAUGAUCACAAGAACGGUGAGCAAAAAUCCCAGAACCACACGGGGGGACCUAGUGAAUGACCUGCAGAGAGCUGGGACCAAAGUAACAAAGCCUACCAUCAGUAACACACUACGCCGCCAGGGACUCAAAUCCUGCAGUGCCAGACGUGUCCCCCUGCUUAAGCCAGUACAUGUCCAGGCCCGUCUGAAGUUUGCUAGAGUGCAUUUGGAUGAUCCAGAAGAGGAUUGGGAGAAUGUCAUAUGGUCAGAUGAAACCAAAAUAUAACUUUUUGGUAAAAACUCAACUCGUCAUGUUUGGAGGACAAAGAAUGCUGAGUUGCAUCCAAAGAACACCAUACCUACUGUGAAGCAUGGGGGUGGAAACAUCAUGCUUUGGGGCUGUUUUUCUGCAAAGGGACCAGGACAACUGAUCCGUGUAAAGGAAAGAAUGAAUGGGGCCAUGUAUCGUGAGAUUUUGAGUGAAAACCUCCUUCCAUCAGCAAGGGCAUUGAAGAUGAAACGUGGCUGGGUCUUUCAGCAUGACUAUGAUCCCAAACACACCGCCCGGGCAACGAAGGAGUGGCUUCGUAAGAAGCAUUUCAAGGUCCUGGAGUGGCCUAGCCAGUCUCCAGAUCUUAACCCCAUAGAAAAUCUUUGGAGGGAGUUGAAAGUCCAUGUUGCCCAGCGACAGCCCCAAAACAUCACUGCUCUAGAGGAGAUCUGCAUGGAGGAAUGGGCCAAAAUACCAGCAACAGUGUGUGAAAACCUUGUGAAGACUUACAGAAAACGUUUGACCUAUGUCAUUGCCAACAAAGGGUAUAUAAUAAAGUAUUGAGAAACUUUUGUUAUUGACCAAAUACUUAUUUUCCACCAUAGUUUGCAAAUAAAUGCAUUAAAAAUCCUACAAUGUGAUUUUCUGGAAUUUUUUUUCUCAUUUUGUCUGUCAUAGUUGACUUGUACCUAUGAUGAAAAUUACAGGCCUCUCUCAUCUUUUUAAGUGGGAGAACUUGCACAAUUGGUGGCUGACUAAAUACUUUUUCCCCCACUGUAUAUUUUAGCAAUUACAUUUACUAUUGACACUUACAGUGCGAACGUAUUCAACCCCCUUGGCAUUUUUCCUAUUUUGUUGCCUUACAUCCUGGAAUUAAAAUGGAUUUUUGGGGGGUUGUAUCAUUUGAUUUACACAACAUGCCUACCACUUUGAAGAUGCAAAGUCCCAGUCUCAAGAAUUGCCCUGUAUUUAGCGCCAUCCAUGAUUCCUUCAAUUCUGACCAGUUUCCCAGUUCCUGUUGAUGAAAAACAUCCCCACAGCAUGAUGCUGUUCUCAGGGUGAUGAAAGGUGUUGGGUUUGCGCUAAACAUAGUGUUUUCCUUCUUGGCCAAAAAUCUCAAUUUUAGUCUCAUCUGACCAGAGUACCUUCUUCCGUAUGUUUGGGGAGUCUUCCACAUGGCUUUUGGCGAACACCAAACGUGUUUGCUUAUUUUUUUCUUUAAGCAAUGGCUUUUUUUCUGGCCACUCUUCCGUAAAGCCCAGCUCUGUGGAGUGUACGGCUUAAAGUUGUCCUUUGGACAGAUACUCCAAUCUCCACUGUGGAGCUUUGCAGCUCCUUCAGGGUUAUCUUUGGUCUCUUUGUUGUCUCUCUGAUUAAUGCCCUCCUUGCCUGGUCUGUGAGUUUUGGUGGGCGGCCCUUUCUUGGCAGGUUUGUUGUGGUGCCAUAUUCUUUCAAUGUUUUUAUAAUGGAUUUAAUGGUUCUCCAUGGGAUGUUCAAAGUUUCUGAUAUUUUUUCAUAACCCAACCCUGAUCUGUACUUCUCCACAACUUUGUCCCUGACCUGUUUGGAGAGCUCCUUGGUCUUCAUGGUGCCGCUUGCUUGGUGGUGCCCCUUGCUUAGUGGUGUUGCAGACUCUGGGGCCUUUCAGAACAGGUGUAUAUAUACUGAGAUCAUGUGACAGAUAAUGUGACACUUAGAUUGCACACUGGUGGACUUUAUUUAACUAAUUAUGUGCCAAGCAAUGAGCUGUAGGUGUACCUACCGUAGGAGUCCCCUCGAAGCCUACCAUUUGACUAUGUACAGACCCAGCGUGCGACAGAGCUGCAAGAGUUGUGACCCAUUUUUGUUGGUUGUUUUGUGGUAGUUGUAUCUAGGGAGACACACCUCCAGUUGAAGUUCCUUCAGAAAGUAUUCACACCCCUUGACUUUUUCCACAUUUUGAUGUGUUACUGGCUGAAUUUAAUAUUGAUUAAAGUGAGAUUUUGUGUCACAGGUCUACACACAAUAACCCAUAAUGUCAAAGUGGAAUUAUGUGUAAGGUCCCUCAGUCCAACAGUGAAUUUCAGAUUCAGCCACAAAGACCAGGGAGGUUUUCCAUUGCCUCGCAAAGAAGUACACCUAUUGGUACAGUAGAUGGGUAAAAAAAAUAAGCAGACAAUGAAUAUCCCUUUGAGCAUGGUGAAGUUAUUAAUUACACUUUGGAUGGUGUAUCAAUACACACAGUCAAUACAAAGAUACAGGCGCCCUUCUUAACUCAGAUGCCGGAGAGGAAGGAAACUUCUCAGAGAUUUCACCAUGAGGUCAAUGGUGACUUUAAAACAGUUACAGAGUUUUAAAACAGUUACAGAGUUUAAUGGCUGUGAUAGGAGAAAACUGAGGAUGGAUUGUUGUUACUCCACAAUACUAGCCUAAAUGACAAAGUGAAAAGAAUAUAAAUAUUCCAAAACAUGCAUCCUGUUUGUGGCAAAGAAAAUGUGGCAAAGAAAUUAACUUUAUGUCCUGAAUACAAAGCGUUAUGUUUGGGGCAAAUCCAACACAUCAAAUCACUGAGUACCACUCUUCAUAUUUUCAAGCAUGGUGGUUGCUGCAUCAUGUUAUGGGUAUGCUUGUCAUCGGCAAGGACUAGGGAGUUUUUUUUAAUGAUACAAAUAAACAGAAUAGAGCUAAGCACAGGCAAAAUCCUGGAGGAAAACCUGGUUCAGUCUGCUUUCCACCAGACACUCUGUCACGUUCGUUGUAUAAAGGAUUGGACCAAGGUGCAGCAUGGUAUGCGUACAUGUUUAAUUUAUUAAAUAAACACUUGACAAAAUAACAAAAGCAACUGAACGUGACGUUCUAAACGCUAACAGCAACAAGCAGAAACAGAAUCAGAAACAAGAUCCCACCCCAUAGGUAGGCAAAAUGGCUGCCUAAGUAUGAGCCCCAAUCAGAGACAACGAUCGACAGCUGCCUCUGAUUGGGAACCACACCCGGCCAACAUAGAAAUAUAUAACCUAGAACAACUAGCAUUCACACCCUGACCAAACUAACUAGAGACAUAACAGGGCUCUCAAGGUCAGGGCGUGACACACUGGGAGAUUAAUUCACCUUUCAGCAGAACAAUAACCUAAAACACAAGGCCAAAAAUUCACUGGAGUUGCUAACCAAGACGACCAUGAAUGUUGCUGAGUGGCCUAGGUACAGUUUUGACUUAAAUCGGCUUGAAAAUCUAUGGAAAGACUUGAAAAUGGCUGUUUAGCAAUGAUCAACAACCAACUUGACAGAGCUUGAAGAAUAACAAAAUAAAUAAUGUGCAAAUAUUUUACAAUCCAGGUGUGCAAAGCUCUUAGAGACUUACCCAGAAAGACUCACAGCUGUAAUUGCUGUCAAAGGUUAUUCUAACAUGUAUUGACUCAGGGGUGUGAAUAUUAUGUGAAUUAGAUAUUUCUGUUUCAAAAAACAAGUUUUCACUUUGUCAUUAAGGGGUAUUGUGUGUAGAUGGGGGAGAUGUAUUUUAUUUUAUUCAGGCUGUAACAUGGUGUCCCCUCCCCAGGACACCAUAAGGAAUCCCACGGUGAGGGACUACAUUGACAGGAGUCUACAGGACACAGAGUUUUCCUCUAAACACAUCCUCAACUUCCUGUACAACGGGCCAAUAGAAGACAGGGACUACGACAUUGCCAACUUUGAUUGGAGGAAUGUCUUCAACCUCACAGACCAAGUCAUCCGUAUGAUGAACCAGUAUGGAGAGGUGAGCUGGUCAGGACUGGGACAGGACUGGACUGGGCUGGGCUGGGAUGCAGUCUACAAUACAUUUCAUUAACAAUGGUGGGGAUUGACGACCACAAGACUAUCAUUUCGGAAACAUAACCCUUGGUCUUUUGAUUCAUGGGUUUGAUACUUUUCUUAUAGGUUUUCACCAGAAUCUGCAUUGUGUUUCUCAAUGCAAAAUGCGAAACAUCCAAAUUCACAGGUUUUCUCCCCAAGAAAAUAUUGAGCACAGUUCUCAGACCUGUUGCUUGUUGCUUGCUAUAAACAUGAAUCAGUUCCAGACAACAACACCCACUCAAUACACACUCUAUGUGAUAUAAGCAUACGAUCGCUGUAUGGCCUUUCAAUGGCCUUCUAAUUUGCCCCUUACUAAAGACAUGUAAAUGUGCUCAGUAGGGGGAGAGGGAGAACAACAAGCAAAGCUGUCAGUCUCUUUUGUACCCCACUAAUCUAGUAGAGGGUAGCAAACCCACCCAGGCCUUUCUCCCUUCACUGUCUCUCCGAGGACCCUCCAUCUGAGUAGGCCAAACCGUGUAACUCACCCCUCGGCCCCUCAAAGCACUUUGGGAACAGUUCAACUCGCCCCUCGCCCCCUCGAUACUAAUCAGGGUAAGCAGGUAAGGCCUCUUGCCCCAAGGGUGGCAGAAUGGGGUAAAAGGGCACCCUGGUCCUCUCUGUGUGGAUCGCAUGGCCCCUCUGUCUUUAUCUUCCAUGAGGCUUACAGCACUUCAGUGUGACAGAGUAGACCGGCCCGAUUUAGCCCAAUUCGCUACAGCUGUCAGUCUGACCACCCUCUUUCAGCUCCGCCACAAUGAACGCAGUCUACGGAAUCCCAUGGGCUUGUGUACAGCACUGCAAUGGCAUAGUCUGAUUGAAGAGUGUAGCAACAGUUUUGUCAUUGGAGGCUAUUAGGGAGGGGUGAUGCUUUGCAAACUAAUGAGUGUGUGUGUAUGGUUUGUUAUGCAGUCUUAAUGAGUGUGUGUGUGCGCGUGUGUGUGUCUGCAUGUUUGUGUGUGUGCGUGUUUGUGCAUUCCUCUGCAUGUGUGUGUCUCAGUGGUUGUGUUUGUCUCAGUUCUUCCCCCUGGGCCCAUGCAGGGCCUCCAUGUUAGUAAUAGGCAGUGUGGUGUUGAAUGGCUCAAUCAGAUGAGGAGCAGCUGCAAUAGGAGGCCUGGUGGUGAGGUGUCAGAGUAGAUGAGAGUGGAUCUGAACUCUGCCUCUAAGGCUUUAUGGGGUCCGGGCCCCCUAGCCAACACUGGCCCUUAGUGGCCCCUAACCCCCCCCCCCCCCCCCCCCCCCCCCCUAGCCCCCUGGAUGGGAACCCAUGUCCAAGUCCACAGUCCACACACACUGGUGGCCCCAAUUAGGACAUGAUGGGGGUGAUGUGUGUGUGUGUGUGAGUGUGUUUGUGUGUGUGUACUAUUCUUCCUCAUAAAGAAACCAAAUUGCCCUGCAAAUGACAUUGUUCCCCCUUCCAAAUUCAAGUUUAUAUUAAUACCUACAUGGCAGUCAAAGAAACUGAAAUACAUUAUAAAUACGUUGUAAAUAUAUCAUCCAUGAAUUCCCUUCCACAGUGUCUGAUCCUGGAUAAGUUCUCUGGGCUGAACAAUGAGGAGCAGAUGACCCACAGAGCUCUGAGUCUGAUGGGGGAGAGUAAGUUCUGGGCUGGCCUGGUCUUCAUGGACACCUACCCCUGGACCACCAAGGUUCCACCCCACGUCCGGUUUAAGAUCCGCAUGGACAUCGACGCAGUGGAGCGCACCAAUAAGAUCAAGGACAGGUCAGUGUAUAUAACCCCCUGAUGAAUGACUGGAUUUUACCUUCACUACACGGUCUGCGACUACUCAUCAGGGUUAAGUUCAAGAUCAUAAUGCUUGUAAGCAACUCUUACUUGAAAUUGAAUUAAUGGGAUUUUCAGGUAUGGUGCCCAGCGAGGCAUUUGUCUUUGUUAUGUAAAUUAGUGACAAACAUUCCAUUUAAAAACAAAUCAAUUUCCAAAUGCUUGAAUGCAGAUCUAGCCCUCAGAUAUACCCCUCUCUUCCUUAUUUCUUUCCAUCUCUCCCUCUGUCCACAGAUACUGGGACCCUGGUCCUAGGGCGGACCCCAUGGAUGAUCUGCGCUACGUGUGGGGGGGCUUUGCCUAUCUGCAGGACAUGAUAGAGCAUGGCAUCAUCAGGACCCAGACAGGCAAGGACUGGCCCAUCGGUGUCUACCUACAACAGAUGCCCUACCCAUGCUACGUGGACGACCUGUGAGUGACUCACCUUAAGAUGCAAAUACCAACCCAAGGCCUGCCUGUCACUGUUAAAUGUUAUUAUUACAUUUAGAGAUGGCACUUUUUGAUUUUCAUUUCUCAUCGAAAAAAUGUCUAUCCUCUCGCUAUCUUCCCCCCUUUCCUCUUUUUGUCUUCUCUCUCUCUUUUCCACCUUUCGUCUUUCCCUUUCUUUUCUCAUUCCACCUCUCCUCCUCUAGCUUCAUGCUGACAUUGAACCGUUGCUUCCCCAUCUUUAUGGUGCUGGCGUGGGUCUACUCAGUGUCUAUGACCGUGAAGAGCAUCGUCUUGGAGAAGGAGCUCAGGCUCAAGGAGACCUUGAAGACCAUGGGGGUCACCAACGGGGUUCUGUGGGUCACAUGGUUCAUAGACAGCUUCCUCAUGAUGGCUGCCAGCACUGCCCUGCUCACUGGGAUCAUUAUGGUCAGUCCUAAUUGGCUUCAAGUUGGAAAUGACCAAAAUGCUUAGUUGGUCAAUGAUUAACAUUCAUGUAUGUCAUAUAUCAGAGCCUCUCAGAAGGCUGCUGUUUUGAAUGUACUGUUCUGAACUCUAGUGGAAGAUUUGUGAAAUAAACUACAAUUUGUAACUUUUGUCCCCACAAUUUUAUAACAAUCACUUAUACAGUAUGUGACUUAAAUUUGUAUGUUAUUCUUUGUGCAUGAAGCAAAUAGGGACUGUAACUCUAAACACUAACAAAACCAAUUCAAUUCUUUAAUCUGUCUUCCAGGGUGGUAAGGUGUUGAACUACAGCAACCCCCUGAUCCUGUUCCUGUUUCUUCUAACCUUCACCACGGCCACCAUCAUGCAGUGUUUCCUACUCAGUGUCUUCUUUAACAAGGCUAACCUGGCUGCAGCCUGCAGCGGUAUCAUCUACUUCACCCUCUACCUGCCCCACAUCCUCUGCUUCGCAUGGCAGGACCGCAUCACCAAGGAUGACAAGAUCAUGGCAGUGUGUAACCUCAAAAUACGUCCCCCUGGGACACAUGUACCUAUCUUCAUUCUUUACUCUUCUAGCUAUGUUUCAAUAUCCACACUAACAUAUCACUUAGCAUGAAGAAAUGCAUUGGCAUUCAUUCUAAGUGAUACUGUAUGUUAGCAUGGACAUUGGUACACACUGUAGCUUCUGACUCCUGACUCCAGACAUGUUUUUGCUGUCUUACACCUUUGAAAAUGCUAUAUUUCAUACAGUCAGUUUAGAUAACCAUCUCAACAGUGAACAUCAGUUGAUGUUCCUUCCUUGGCCUGUUUCUGUCUAUCUGUCUGUCUCUCCAUGUCUGUCCUCUCAGAGCCUGAUGUCCCAAGUGGCGUUUGGCUUUGGGACAGAGUACUUGUCCCGUUAUGAGGAGCAGGGUCUGGGUCUGCAGUGGGACAACAUCCAGACCAGCCCUCUGGAGGGGGAUGAGUACUCCUUCCUCACCUCCAUCUCCAUGAUGGCCCUGGAUACUGUACUCUACGCCGUCCUUGCCUGGUACCUCGACAACGUCUUCCCAGGUAGCCGCCAUGCUAUUAGCCUAGGUACCAGUUUGUGCCAUCAUGCCACUCCUUGUCAUGCAAUGUUUGGAGUUGACAUGAUAGCACAAACAGAUCUGGGACCAGGCUAUCAUGCUAUGACACAUGGCAGAAAUGCAUAUAGUAAGUAUGCCUAAAUCAGUUACAAAAACUCAUUAUGAAGGUCAUAGAAGGAGUAAUGUUGACACUCAGCACCAGUUGGUUACUUUUGUCAGAAAUGAUUGAAAGGAGUUGAUAUUCAUGACUAUUGGUCUUAUUUGAUGGUUGUAUUUGAAAUGUAACUGAGUGGAUUCUAAAAUCAGCACUGCCUCUGUGUUUAUUUCUGUUCUCCUACAGGGCAGUAUGGAAUUGGUCGGCCAUUUUAUUUCCCCAUCCUGCCCUCCUAUUGGCUCAAUUCCAGACCCCCAAAGCCAAAAGAGUUGGAGAAACCCAGGUUUGACAACCUGGUAAACCAGACUGAAGAGAACCAGAAGACCAAUCAUGUACCAGGUGACGACCAGAACACUAAGGCACCAGAUGAGGAGCUUCCAUCCUGCAAACACCAGGACAAACGAGAGAGGCUGGGGAAGGGGAAAACAGAAGAGGAGGAGGAGGAGGAGAAGAACCAGGAGGAAAAACAAAAUGGAGAAAAAGAGGGUAAGAACACAACUUUUAUCGGGCAUCCAAACACAUUCAAAUAAAUCCACUUGUCUUCUAAAGAAAAUAACUAAGUGGAGUUUUAAAAAAAAUAUGUAAGUAUCAGGGCCAUGGACUCUUUGUCUCAGUCCAGCAGCUCUGAUGAAUCGCUGAUGAGGUUUGAAACAAUAGAGCUCUCUCUCUCCCUCUCUCUCUCUGUGGCCUGCUUGCCCGGCCCAUAAUGCUUAGCGGCAGGCAGUGUGUGGGAACCCGCAGUCCUUGAGUGUGUUUGCUCUCCCGGUCGGGACUCAAUACAGACAGACACAGUGGUACAUUUCCCUCAGUCAGAGUUCAGUCAGAGUUAGUUAAUAUGUGAUUCAGCUCCCGUUUGGUUCGCUCCCUUUCACACAGUCAAAGUGGCAGAAUUCCUUUCCCCUGAUUUCACCUUCACUGUUUGCCAUUGUUUUUCUUAAGACAUCUCAUUCAAUGUUGUAUCAGCAACGAUGUGUCAGAUUGGGGCUAUAAACAGUGACUAGAUAAAAUAAUGUCUUUCAGUUCAUGAUGGAAUGUGGUGCAAGGUCAUGUGAUGUUGUUAUUUUUGUGAGGCAAAAAUAACAUAAACAGUUAUGUUACAGUUAUUAUUCACUAUCAGCACUGACAAACAACAUCUAUUUCAUAACCCUGUAACACCUGUGUAACAGUACACCCAUUCCAGCCUUAUCAGUGCACAUAUAAUCAGUGUUGUUUAUGACACACUAUAAUACCCUGCCAAGGUACGCUUGUUGUUCACAUCUAUCUGCAUCUAAGGCACAUAUCCAAUCCUUCCCGUGUUUCCUGCUGUGGGUGGGAAUGAGGGAGUGGGUGAGGUGGUGGAGGUUGGUAGGAAGGUCACCUCUCUGAGACCAGGAGACUGGGUCAUACCCUGGGAUGCUGGCUUUGGUGGCGAAUCGCAUCUCUGCAUGUCUGGCAGACAUAUCAGUGUGGAUGACGGAUCACCACCUCAAGCUGAACCUCGGCAAGACGGAGCUGCUCUUCCUUCCGGGGAAGGACUGCCCGUUCCAUGAUCUCGCCAUCACGGUUGACAACUCCGUUGUGUCCUCCUCCCAAAGUGCGAAGAGCCUUGGCGUGACCCUGGACAACACCCUGUUGUUCUCCGCUAACAUCAAGGCGGUGACCCGAUCCUGUAGGUUCAUGCUCUACAAUAUUCGGAGAGUACGACCCUGCCUUACACAGGAAGCGGCACAGGUCCUAAUCCAGGCACUUGUCAUCUCCCGUCUGGAUUACUGCAACUCGCUGUUGGCUGGGCUCCCUGCCUGUGCCAUUAAACCCCUAUAACAGAAUGCCGCAGCCCGUCUGGUGUUCAACCUUCCCAAGUUCUCUCACGUCACCCCGCUCCUCCGCACACUCCACUGGCUUCCAGUUGAAGCUCGCAUCUGCUACAAGACCAUGGUGCUUGCCUACGGAGCUGUGAGGGGAACGGCACCUCCGUACCUUCAGGCUCUGAUCAGUCCCCAAGCCCAAACGAGGGCAUUGCGUUCAUCCACCUCUGGCCUGCUGGCCCCCCUACCUCUGCGGAAGCACAGUUCCCGCUCAGCCCAGUCAAAACUGUUCGCUGCUCUGGCACCCCAAUGGUGGAACAAGCUCCCUCACGACGCCAGGACAGUGGAGUCACUCACCACCUUCCGGAGACACUUGAAACCCCACCUCUUUAAGGAAUACCUGGGAUAGGAUAAAGUAAUCCUUCUACCCCCCCUUACCCCACCCCCAAAAAAACAAAAAAAAACAUUAUUGUAAAGUGGUUAUCCCACUGGCUAUAAGGUGAAUGCACCAAUUUGUAAGUCUAUCUGAUUAAGUGUAUCUGAUUGUAAUAAUUAUAUCGGAUUCGAUCUAUUAAUUAUAUCAGAUUUUGACCUCACAACCCCUAUCCUAAUGACCUCUAACAUCUGACCUCCAAACUCUCACCUCUCUCCCCAGGUCAGCCCAGUCAUGCCUACUUUGAGGGGGAGCCAGCAGGGCUGGUGGAGGGUGUGUGUGUUCAGAACCUGGUCAAGGUGUUUGGCAGGGGACAAAAGCCUGCAGUAGACGGACUGAGCAUCACAUUCUAUGAGAGCCAGAUCACUGCUUUCCUGGGGCCACAAUGGAGCUGGGAAGACCACCACCAUGUAUGUCACCCACAGACACAUUAUUUAUUCUAAUCAUUUAUCAUUUUGACCAUUUUAUUUUGACCAUAUUAAUCAGUUUAGGGCCGUGUUUCUCAACCUGUGGUACCUUCUAUCCUUUGGGAAACCUGGCCUAUGAACAGGUACUUUGGGCAGAGCAAAAUGUGAUUGGGGGUAGAGUAACCAAAAUAGAUUGAGAACCACUGGUUUGGGGGACAGCUUUGUGACAGUAGGUGUUGUGACUGUGACAUCUGGCCAUGUGACUCUAUCUGUCCUCUACAUCCUCUGUCCCUCUGUGUGGUCUCCACCAGGUCUAUCCUGACGGGGAUGUUUCCCUCCCACCUCGGGGACAGCCUCCAUCUAUGGGAAGGACAUCCGGACAGACAUGGACACCAUCAGGCACUCUCUGGGCAUGUGUCCCCAGCACAACAUCCUCUUUCACCAGUAGGUGACCCCUUACAUUGCCAUAUAGACACAAGGAGUGAUGAGAUGUGGUGAUGCAUUUGUCUAUUGUCUUUCUCUCCUCCAUGUCCAUGUCUCUCUCUCCACACUUCUUUUCCUUCUCUUUCCCUCAUCCUCUCUGUCCAUCUCUCUUAGCCUCUGUCUCUUCUCUCGCUCCCCUCUCUCUCUGCAUUGGGGUGUGGGGAGGGGAUGGUAAAGUGCAGGUACUUCCUAAACAGGUCUAAUUUAUCUCUGUCUAUGGAGAUUAAGAUGUUGUUCUGUGUGUGCAGGUUUAAUAAAUACUAUUUGGUUUGAUGUGGGAAUGUUGGACAAGAUCAUAAUGAAACAAGAAUGUAAUGCAAAUAGAAUGUAGCUGUUGGGGUGUUCCCCUUGAAGGAGCGCAUUCAGCACAGUGCAGCUGCUCACCACAGGCACUCUCUCUCUCUCUCUCUCUCUCCCACUCUAUCACUCCCCCCCCCCCACCCCCCCACCCCCCCCCCACCCCUCAGUAUGACCGUAGAAGAACACAUCCUGUUCUACAGCCUGCUGAAGGGAAGGUCUCUGUCUGAGGCUCAACUGGAGGUAGAGAACAUGCUGGAGGAUCUGGGCCUGCCCCACAAGAGAGACGAGGAGGCACAGAACCUCUCAGGUUUCAACAGAUACACACAGACACACACACACAGUGUUGGGCCUUUACAGUUACAUUUACAGUAUAUAGUUCAUCAGUAGACGUCAAAUGUUAGUUUCAUUGCUAGUGAUGAUGAAACAAACACUUCAUCUUUAACGUGUGUUUAGAGUGUCAUAAUGAAGAUAUGAGAUACCAGUGUUGUUGUCCUCAUCUUCUCCUCUUCUCCUCUCAGGCGGCAUGCAGAGGAAGUUGUCUGUUGCCAUGGCGUUUGUAGGCGGUGCCAAGGUGGUGAUUCUGGACGAGCCCACGUCGGGGGUGGACCCCUACUCCAGACGAUCUAUCUGGGACCUGCUGCUCAAGUACCGAUCAGGUACACACCAGUUCAUGUAUAUUUGAGUAUUUGUUAUUUAAAUAAGUUUUUUGUGUAUUUGAGUAUUUUCAAAUACACAGCCCAAAACAAUAACUUUUAUUUGAGUAUUUGAUUGGUUAUUUGUAAAAAACAAAUAGUCGACCAAAUUGUAUUUGAAAGUAUUUUCAAAUACUAUUUUCAAAUACCUCAGUUAAAUGCAUGGGAGUGUAUUUGAGUCUGUUUAUAAGAGUAUUUUCAAAUACUUUCCGAGUGUAUUUCCAAAUACAUUAUAAUAUUCAGCUACUUGUUUUUUCAAAUAAAGGUUAUCUGAAUACUUGUUUUGAAAUGUAUUGAAAAGUAAUUGAAAUACACUACAUGACCAAAAUAAUGUGGACACCUGCUCGUCGAACAUCUCAUUCCAAAAUCAUGUUCAUUAAUAUGGAGUUGGUCCCCCCUUUGCUGCUAUAACAGCCUCCACUCUUCUGGGAAGGCUUUCCACUAGAUGUUGGAACAUUGCUGCGGGGACUUGCUUCCAUUCAGCCACAAGAGCAUUAGUGAGGUCGGGCACUGAUGUUGGGCAAUUAGGCCUGGCUCACAGUCGGCGUUCCAAGUCUUUCCAAAGGUGAAGGGGUUGAGGUCAGGACUCUGUGCAGGCCAGUCAAGGUCUUCCACACCAAACUCGACAAACCAUUUCUGUAUGGACCUCGCUUUGUGCACGGGGGCAUUGUCAUGCUGAAACAAGAAAGGGCCUUCCCCAAACUGUUGCAUUAAGUUGGAAGCAUAGAAUCGUCUAGAAUGUCAUGUAUGCUGUAACGUUAAGAUUUCCCUUCAGUGGAACUAAGGGGCCUGGCCAAACCAUGAAAAACAACCCCAGACCAUUAUUCCCCCUCCACCAAAGUUUACAAUUGGCACUAUGCAUACGUGCAGGUAGCGUUCUCCUGGCAUCCGCCAAACCCAGAUUUGUUUGUUGUACUGCCAGAUGGUGAAGCGUGAUUGUUCACUCCAGAGAACGCAUUUCCACUGCUCCAGAGUCCAACGGUGGCGAGCUUUACAUCACUCCAGCCGACGCUUGGCAUUGCGCAUGGUGAUCUUAGGCUUGUGUGCGGCUGCUCGGCCAUGGAAACCCAUUUCAUGAAGCUGCCGACUAACAGUUCUUGUGCUGACUUUGCUUCCAGAGGCAGUUUGGAACUCAGUAGUGAGUGUUGCAACCGCAGCACUCAGCGGUCUCGUUCUGUGAGCUUGUGUGGCCUAUCACUUCGCGGCUGAAACAUUUCCACUACACAAUAACAGCACUUACAGUUGACCGGGGCAGCUCUAGCAGGGCAGAAAUUUGACGAACUGACUUGUUGAAAGGUGGCAUCCUAUGACGGUGCCACAUUGAAAGUCACUGAGCUCUUCAGUCAGGCCAUUCUACUGUCAAUGUUUGUCUAUGGAAAUUGCAUGGCUGUGUGCUCGAUUUUAUACACCUGUCAGCAACAGGUGUGGCUGAAAUAGCCGAAUCCACUAAUUUGAAGAGUUGUCCACAUACUUUUGAAUAUAUAGUGUACCUGAAAUAGUAUUUGAACCUAGGUCUUGUUCACACAGUACAUAUGCCUCCUGCUGGAUGGAGCAGGAACAACAGCUGAUUGACUGAAAUUUACCAACAUCGGAAAUGUAUAACAUAAAAUGCCAUCUCAUAAUGCUAACCCUAUAUAACCCUCUCUCUCUCUCUCUCUCUCUCUCUCUCUCUCUCUCUCUCUCUCUCUCUCUCUCUCUCUCUCGCCAUCUCUCCACCUCCCCAGGACGUACAGUGAUUCUGUCCACUCACCACAUGGACGAGGCUGACCUGUUGAGUGACCGCGUGGCCAUCAUCUCUCAGGGUCGUCUUCACUGCUGCGGCUCCCCGCUCUUCCUCAAGAACUGCUUCGGUGCCGGCUUCUACCUCACCCUGGUUCGACGCAUGAAAUACGAGGAACCCAAGACCAAGGUGGGAUGGAUGCGAUCUCGGAAAGAGCCUCUAGAGUGUGUUGUUGUUUAUGUUAGCGAGAGAGAGAGAGUGUGUGUGUUAGGGUGAGUGAGUGAUUUCAUUGCCUAGAAAGAGAUAUGUGUUAUUGAUGACGUUUUCUCUUUGUCCUAGAUGAAGUGUGACUGUACUGAUGAGUGUUCGUGUAAGUGCUCCACCUGCACCACGUACAAAGAAGAGUUACGUCAAGCCAAAACCCCGGACAGACAGUUGGACGGUAAGGUUUUCAUUGAGGAAUUGAGGUGACAUAAGUAUACGGGACCAUGAACCCCCUUUAUACAUGGUCAUCUGAUAGUUACUUUCCUCACUAGCUGUUGCGUCUUUGUAUGUUCUGUACCUGUUAUAACAUACUUGUAACAGGUGAUAUAGCCAGAACCAUAGUGUUGGUUCCACCACUAACGUUGACUCUGUUUGUGUGUGUGUGUUUCUGUGUGUGUGUGUGUGUGUGUGUGUGUGUGUGUGUGUGUGUGUGUCUGUGUGUGUGUGUGUUUGUGUGUGUGUGUGUGUGUGUGUGUGUGUGUGUGUGUGUGUGUGUGUGUGUGUCUGUGUUUCUCCCUACCAGGUGACUUGUCAAGCAUCACAGGGCUGGUCCACCACCAUGUCCCAGAGGCUCGUUUGAUCGAGGCUAUCGGCCAGGAGUUGACCUACCUGCUGCCCAACCAGGGCUUCCAGCCCAGGGCCUACGCCUCCCUCUUCAGAGAGCUGGAGGAAACCCUCUCUGACAUCGGCCUCAGUAGCUUCGGGGUCUCCGACACAUCACUGGAGGAGGUGAGCCUAUAUUCAAUCACAAUACAUCAGUUCACUUCAUGUUUUCAUGUUUGAUGGCCAUGUACCAUUGUACUUUCUUUAUUUUUCUCUUGUAGAUAUUCCUGAAAGUGACAGCGAAUGGUGAAGCCAAAUCUGGCAAAACUAAACAAGGUAAUUGAAAAAGAAGAAGAUCUGAACUGUGUAUCUUUUAUGACAUGUGUAUUGUCUGUGAUGUUCUGUGUUGGUCUGUAUAGUACUGUACUGUGAUGUUCUGUGUGUUGGUCUAUACAGUACUGUACUGUGAUGUUCUGUGUGUUGGUCUGUGAAGGACUGUACUGUGAUGUUCUGUGUGUUGAUCUGUAUAGUACUGUACUGUGAUGUUCUGUGUGUUGGUCUGUACAGUACUGUACUGUGAUGUUCUGUGUGUUGAUCUGUAUAGUACUGUACUGUGAUGUUCUGUGUGUUGGUCUGUACAGUACUGUACUGUGAUGUUCUGUGGGUUGGUCUGUACAAUACUGUACUGUGCUGUUCUUUGUGUGACAGUUAUGUUGGAUUUGCUGUCAUCUACCCCCCCCCAGACCAGAGAUUGUGGCAGCAGACACCUCGACCCAGUGUAGGACACAACAAAAAUAGCAGUUUAUGUCGACCAAUCUAAAGAUGACAAGCAACAGGCUACAAGCUUCAAGCUACAAGCUAGAAACUACUGCACUUGCAAUGACAAUGGCUAUAAUGAACAGAUAUCUUAUAAGCCAUGGUCUUUAAACUAGGACUCUAUGGGCAACGUCAAUUCUGGACCCAUAUACUGUUCUCUAGUGGAAUUACAGGAAGCUGUCAUAGAUUCAGUCUUACGCUGAAUGGGGCGGCAGUUAGCUUAGUGGUUAAGAGCGUUGUGCCAGAAAACGAAAGGUUGCUGGUUCUAAUCCCCGAGCCGACUAGGUGAAAAAUCUGUUGAUGUGCCCUUGAGCAAGGCACUUAACCCUAAUUGCUCUGGAUAAGAGCGUCUGCUAAAUGACUAAAAUGUGGUGCUGCAGAGUGUUUAUUGCUUUCACUGUAGAAGACAAUUUAAGUUUUAUUAUAGCACUCAGACAGUGAACUUUUAACUCCUGACCUUUCCCUACGUUACAGAGGCAGACGGGGUGACCCAGGCCAACAGGCAGGGGCAUUCUGGGGGCUUGGAGGGCAGCGAGGGGCGGGGCUCUGGACAGGUCAAAGGUGUCUGUCUGGUCCUGAAACAGUUAUUUGCCCUGCUCAUCAAACGGUUUCACCACGCCACAAGAUCACAUAAGGACUUCUUUGCUCAGGUACCAUUCUCCACAGACGGCUGUUUGUGCAGUGUAUUUUGCAUCCCCUCUAUAUCAUGUGCAUUGGUUAUAAAUCCCUAUGUAUAAUAAUGUGCAAUAAUGUUACACAUUUCUUGAUGGUUCCAGUUUCAUGAUGCAGAAUUUGAAUAUGAAAAUGUCCCUGUGUCCUGUUGUUCUGUUUCGUCAGAUAGUUUUGCCUGCCAGUUUUGUGUUCAUAUCACUGAUGUUCACUACGAUCGUACCUCCAUUUGGAGAGUACCCCAGCCUGACCCUUAGUCCCUGGAUGUAUGGACGACAGUUCACCUUCUUCAGGUGUGCAUAGAUACUUCUGUCCUGCCCUGAGACUAGCACCAUUUGUUAAAUCAAUCGUCCAGUCAAUUCAGAGUAGAUUCAGUCUGAGGAAGUUCAAUUCCAUUGGCAUAAAACAUGAGUAGAACGUAGAAGUCUCUUAUGAUAAUGUGGCGUUUGAUCAUGUUUGAUAAAGACUGUUGUUGACUGUUGGAUGUGCCAUCUUGCAGUAACGAGCGUACCCUUGACCCUGAGAUGAGGUACUUUGGAGAGGUGCUGCUAAACAAGCCUGGAUUUGGGACUCGCUGCAUGGUGGAUGAACCUCUAGAGUGAGUAGUGACCAGGGACAGUUCACUUCUGUUUGCUAAAUGUCUAAGUAUAGCAUCACUUUAAGACUCGAUUCCAAUAGGAGUCAAAUAUCAGUCUGGGGGCAAGAAAGAAACUUGCAGGCCUGAUGUGCCCUAGGCCUUGAGUUUGAGACUUCCUUAAAGGAUAUCACAGUUACUGAUAUCAAGUCGGCUACUGUACGCCCAAAAGUAACGAACAUUAGGGGAGGAAGGAGGCAUCGUUGUACAUGCCCGAAAAAUGAUUUGUUGUUGAUCCUGAUAGGCACUUCAAGUGUAACAAUGUGCAUAUGUGCGUGUGUGCGUGUUCCUGUGUGUUCCUGGGAUAGGGAUUUCCCAUGUAAUAACAUCACAACAGAGUGGGAGAUGCCGCUGGUGAACCCUGCUCUGAUAGACAUGUUGGAUGGACCAGAGUGGACCUCAGUUAACCCCUCCCCAGGCUGCCAGUGUAGUACCCCUAGGAAACUCACAAUGCUGCCUGUCUGCCCUGAGGGAGCAGGGGGGCUUCCACCACCACAGGUUAGUGUACACAUAUGCAUAGGCUUUAGCUCAAUGGGCUGACACAGUAUUGUGGUAAUCAGGUGGCCCCUGUUUAAAUCCCAGUCUGUCACCAAUGCACAAAGUUAUAUACACACUGUUUGUUCAUUUGUGUGUGUGUGUUGUGUUUUAGAGGAUCCAGUCGACAGGUGAUGUUCUGGUGGACCUGACAGGCAGGAAUAUCUCUGAUUAUCUGGUGAAGACUUACCCCUCCCUCAUCAAGGCCAGGUACCGUGGAACUACUUCAGCAUUCAUCUACUUUAUUUUGUUCUACAUACACAACUCUAAUGGCACAAUUCCUAUGUCUUUCUUGUUCAGUUUGAAGAGCAAAUACUGGGUGAAUGAACAAAGGUACUAUUUCCAUAUUUUACAAAAUCCAAAACUUAGCCUAUUUAUAAUGAGCUAGGUGGCUGUGUCCAUUAUGUAAAGAAAAGUGAUGCUGUAGCGCCCUCUGGUGGCCAGGGGCAUAGUAUCGUUAUUGUAUAAGGAGUUUUAGCUCUCACUGAGUAUGCGGUCUUACUCCUGGUGUUCAGAUAUGGAGCUAUAUGUGUUGUCUGUUCUCGGUUAUCUAGGUAUGGAGGUAUAUCUGUGGGUGGACAGCUUCCUGUGUUAGAUGUGGACCCUAAGACCAUCCAGGACGCAGCAUCACAGCUGGGGCGACUGCUUAAUGUUACUGGGGUAAGUCUACUAAAGAUGUCUCUGGUGUGGAUCUUUACACACUUCAACAGCCCUGUAACUGUCCAUGUAUCCAAUCAUGGUACUCUUUUAUCCAGGGUAAAUACUCCAAACAAACUCUUAAGGACAUUGGAACCUUCCUUCGAUACAUGGAGAGUGAAUACAAUGUCAAGGCAAGUACAUAUAGUGCACUGUCUACAAUUUAACCCACUACUGCCAAUCCACUGGCUUACUUUUGUACUAUACACCAGCAAAAGAAGAUUGACUAGAAUAUCCAUUCUGUCUUUUUGAAGGUGUGGUACAACAACAAGGGCUGGCAUGCCAUGGUGGCCUUCAUGAACGUGGCCAACAACGCCAUCCUUAGAGCCAACCUGCCCAAAGAUGCCAGCCUGGAUAUAUACGGCAUCACCACCAUCAACCACCCUCUCAACCUUACCAAGGAACAAUUGUCUGAAGUCACUGUGUGAGUACUGGCCUAUCAGGAGAUUUGAUACUAGAGAGGUCACUGUGUGAGUACUGGCCAAUCAGGUGAGGUGAUUAAAGCAUGUAAUAGACAGAACUCCUGGAUCAUCUAACCCCUCUCUGUGUACCUGUAAGCACCUCAGUGGAUGUGGUGGUGGCUAUCUGUGUGAUCUUCUCUAUCUAACCCCACUCCAUCCCUCUCCUCUCCUAGCCUGAGCACCUCAGUGGAUGUGAUGGUGGCUAUUUGUGUGAUCUUCGCCAUGUCCUUCGUCCCAGCCUCCUUUGUCCUCUACCUCAUCCAGGAGAGGGUGACCCAGGCCAAACACCUCCAGUUCGUUAGCGGGGUCAGUCCCGUCAUCUACUGGAUGGCCAACUUCCUCUGGGACAUGGUAUGUCUGGGCCUGGGGCCGGUUCCUCCCAUCAUACUCUCUGCAAUCUCAUAUUGACAAACACCAAGUUCUUGAUAUGCCGAAAUGGUUUGUGAUGAUGCUACCCACUCUCUUAAAUAAUCUACAUUAAUAUGGCAUGACAGAUCAUUCCAGUGAAGAGAGAGCAUAGUGAAGCUAGGUUGUAGAAACAGUAUUCCCCAUCUGUUGCAUACAGUAUUCCACAUAAUAUCAUGUAGUUUAUGACCGAAGGGCAUACGUGUCCACUCAAACAGCCCAAAGGAUUGAUAGAUACAUUUUACCUUUCUACAUAGAGCUUGACAUUCAUUGUGUCACUUCCCCCUCAUCAGGUGAAUUACUCUAUCAGUGCAGCACUGGUGGUGGGUAUUUUCAUGGUCUUUGACAAGAAGUGCUACACGUCGCCAACCAACCUCCAACCCCUGAUAACCCUGCUCAUGCUCUAUGGGUAAGUCAGUGUACUGUAGUACAGUAAGCCCCUUUGCUUGGGCUAAAGGUGGAAGGUUAACGGUAAUUUAUCCUUGGAGAGAGCAUCUAGAACAGUCCUUUAUAGCAUGCUCUAAAUGAUGAAUGGAUUGUACUGUACAGUGAUACAGGCGAUGAGAAGUUGAGUGCUGUAUUAAUGGAGCUAGUGGGUUUAUUUCCAGUGGUCCAUCCCUCAUAGUGUUCGCUAACUGUAGUCCUUGUCAACACCGGAUGGCCUCAGCACUGGGUGGUACAACCAGUCUGUAUCAGGUUUAUAGUGCUACUCACGUCACUCAACCCCACCCAACUGUGACAGAAUAAGAUUACAUUCUGGACCAGAGGAAACCAUUCUUCUAGAAUGAACAUUUAGGCAAGGACCACAUGUAAAUGUUCAGAUGAUCUUAAAAAAUGUAAGCUUGAUCAAACGAUUUGAAAAAUGCUCCCUACCUGUCUCUGUCCACUGCAGGUGGUCUGUGACGCCCAUGAUGUACCCCAUGUCCUACAUCUUCAGUAUUCCCAGCACAGCCUACGUCUCUCUGUCCUGCAUCAACCUGUUCAUUGGCAUCAACAGCAGUGCCAUCACCUUCAUCCUUGACCUGUUUGACAGCACAGCGGUGAGUGGAGAGCACAGACUGGGAUAAACGCUUACUGUACUUACACACAGAGCUGUCUGUCUCUAACACCUGCUCAAUGACUGCUUCAAAUACUAGUACUUGUUGAGUGACUCGAUUCAACUGUGUGGUUUGGCCCUCCCUCUCCCCCCCCCCCCCCCCCCUCUCUCUCUCUCUCUCUGUCUGUCUGUCUGUCUGUCUGUCUGUCUGUCUGUCUGUCUGUCUGUCUGUCUGUCUGUCUUUCUCCCUCCUUCUCUCAGGCUCUGUAUAAGUGUAACCAGCUGCUGAAGAAGAUGCUGCUGAUCUUCCCCCACUACUGUCUUGGCCGGGGUCUAAUCGACAUGGCUAUGAACCAGGCUGUUACUGAUGUCUAUGCCCGCUUUGGUGAGUCACACCCCCUCCGCCUCUCACACCCCCCUUCCCCGUCACCCUCCAACCCCCUCACCCCUUUCAUCCCCUUGCCACCCCCACCACUCGCUCCAAGGCCUGCAUUCUGAUUGGUCAGUAGGGAAAUGCCGCUAGCAACUCUAGCCUGUUCUCCAGGUCUUGGACACCUCCAGACCCCGAGGCCAAAUCCUGAUGCACUCGGAAUGCCGUAACAGGACGUGAAUACCAUGGCCCCGGGUCGGGCCGACGGCGUCUGAAACAUGAUGCUGUGUAUUUGUCUCUAGGAGAUUCACACCCAAGACACGGCUGAGGCCACAGACUUCAUAAAUAACCAGUGGAUCUGAAUAAGCUUUCCCCUAAUCGGCCGAUAAGACCAGUCAAAGCCGGUGGUGACUAAUGGGAGCGUGGUUAGCUAGGUAGGUGGGUAGUGGAUAUAGGAGACUAUAGGAGCAGGUGCCACAGAGCCACCAUCACCCAGCUUUGUUGAUGAAUGUUUUAGCUGUGUUGAUGUCAUCUUAUCUGUGAAGAGAAGCUGGCUGAUUAAAGUGUAACAGGAGCGUAUUCUGUGUUGUCACCUCUCAAGCGUUUCCCACUUCUCACACAUCGGUUAGAUCAGAUGGUGUACUAAUGCUGAUUCCUCCAUGCUACAUGCUGAUCCUGUUUGCUUUGCUUUGUGUGUGUGUAUGUGUGUCAGGUGAGGACUUCAGUCUGGACCCGUACAGUUGGGACUUUGUAGGAAAGAACCUGGUCUUCAUGGCUGUUGAGGGCUUUGUCUAUUUCAUCAUGAACAUACUGAUCCAGUACCGCUUCUUCCUGGAUCACUGGUAACCAACAGCUUCACUUCACAUCUAAUAUACAAGUCUACAUUGCUGUAGUACUUUUUUAAAAAGUAUCUAAUUGGUGAAGCUAAUUCAUCUUUGAAUGGUGUUAUUGAAUCUGUUGGAUCAGAAUCAUAUGAAUCUGUUGACCAGUACAAGUUGACUGGUACCAGUAACUCUACGCAUUAUUGAUUGUGAGAGCGGUCCAGAACACAGGUUCACCACUUACCUUCAACCUCUGACCUCUUACCUAUAAUAGGAUUACAGAUUGUAAGAAGGAUCCCAUCAUGGAGGAAGAUGUGGACGUGGCCCAGGAGAGAGAACACAUCUAUAAUGGUGGAAGCAAGAACGACAUCUUAAAGAUUAGAGACCUCACCAAGGUACGCUAACUAAAUAACUAACUAACUGACCACUCAGGGCUCCUGUGUUAUGUGUCUCCUGGUUAUUGACUCAAUAGUUUGCAGUGUGAACAAGAUGGUUCUAUCUUUCUCAGUCUCUCUCUCUUUCUCUCUCUCUCGCUCUCUCGCUCUCUCGCGCUCUCGCGCUCUCUCGCUCUCUCUCGCUCUCUCUCGCUCUCUCGCUCUCUCUCUCUCUCUCUCUCUCUCUCUCUCUCUCUCUCUCUCUCCUCCCAGACAUACAUGGGGAAGACUAAGCCAGCGGUGGACAGGAUCUGUGUGGGAGUGUCACCUGGGGAGGUCAGUACAGUACCACUCUAUACUAUAGACCUCCAUAUAGUACCACAGCUGUACAGCAAGGGAAGGCUCAGUGUAGAGACCCAGUGAUAAAAUAUAUUCUCCUCAUCCUCUCUCCAGUGCUUUGGGCUCCUGGGUGUGAACGGAGCAGGGAAGACCACCACCUUUAAGAUGCUGACCGGAGACACUGAUGUCAGCUCAGGAGAAGCCUCUGUCACUGGUCACAGGUACAGUGCAUGGGGCAUUGCCAUGUGCUUCCUCAAUCACAGUUGGCAUGAUCAAUGUUUUUCCCGAUGCUGUUGAUAUCAUUUGUAAAUAACAGUGGUCCUAAAAUAGAGCCCUGUGGCACCCCAGAGCACAGCUCUAUGCUUUUCACCUGUAAUCGUACCCUUCGUCCCGGUCCCUGCAGCAUCCUGACCAAUAUCCUGGAUGUGCACCAGAACAUGGGCUACUGCCCCCAGUUUGAUGCCAUAGAUGAGCUGCUGACUGGCAGAGAGCACCUCCAU